CCCCUCCAUUCUGACUGGGUUGCCCCAGCCAUGCUGGGCAGCUUCCAGCACAGAUAAAAACAUAAUAAAACAUUAAACCUUAAAAAGCUUCCCAAUACAGGGCUGCCUUCAGGUGUCUCCUCAAAGAUAUAUAAAUACUCAUCUCCUUGACAUCUGACGGGAGGGCAUUCCACAGGGUGGGCGCCACUACUGAGAAGGUCUGCCUGGUUCCCUGCAGCUUCACUUCUUGCAAGUGAAGGAACCGCCAGGAGGCCCUCGACGUUGGACCUCAGUGUCCGGGCUGAACGAUGGGGGUGGAGACGCUCCUUCAGGUUUACUGGGCCAAGGCCGUUUAGGGCUUUAAAGGUCAGCAUCCACACUUUUGAAUUGUGCUCGGAAAUGUACAACGUGGAAUUACCUUUUCAAAGAAUAUCCGCUCUAGGAAAACACUAACAUAAAAUCCAACUGAGGUCAACCAAACACCGGUCUCCGGGUGCCUUCCUCGGGAUGCGGGCUUCACGAGGCAAGAGCCGCUAAGCCGGGAAUCGCUACGAAUGCACUGGGCUAAUAAAUUAGCCGCUUUCCCUCUCCUCGUGCAAGUCAAGUUCGACAUGAAUACGCGACGCUCCCCUGCGUUUCAGGCGGCUGUCCUCGCCGCCCAGGGGAUGUUCCUGUUUUGUCGCAGAGUGAUGACGCCACGCCGCGCGCCGCCUCCGGAGCAGCUGACAGCCCCCCCCCCGCGAGAGUCGGAGAGGAAGGGCGGGGAGCUGGGCUUGGGCGAGCCAGGCCGGUGACAUGAGGCGGCCUCGGCGGCCGGAGGAAAAAGGGGACGGUGGGCUUUAGCGAGAGUCGGCGGUUCCCCUUUGCGGCGCCAUGUUCCGCCGCGCCAGGUUUAACGUGAAGCCCAACGUGAGACCGGGGGCGGCAGCGGCGGCGGCGAGGGGCAGCAACCCCAGGGGCAGCCCCAGCCCCUCAGGCGUCGCCGCGGCCCCGGACCCCGGUCCCCAGCCCGGCUCGGCAUCCGCCCUCUGUUCUUCUGAGGAUGCGGCUGCCUCGGCUCUCCCGUUGGGCGCUGCCGGAAGCCUGCAGCGGGACGACGGUAGCAGCCCCAGCCCCGAGGGGUAAGCUUCGCCUUUGACUAGGCUGCGCGCUUCCUUUCUCCACAAAAUAAAAGGAGCCCGUUUCAGGAGAUGAGCUGGAGCGCAAAAAGCUCUUUUUUUUGAGAGACGCGUUGAAAAUCGCGGGAACUGGUUCUCACGUGCACCUCCGACACCUGAUGGCCUGCGCCUGUGAAGGAACCCCUCGCAAAGGCCGGUGCUUCACGUCGCCUGGGACACAGUGCGGCGCUUUUAUCUGGAGUCACUACGCACGUGUAGUUGGGGUGAAUGGUGAACCAGCUCGGCGUCUUUUUGUUUUUAUUUCAGAAGAUUUAUAUACCUCUUUGAUUGUCGUAAACCCUCAAAGCACACAAGUGCGCAAUCGUCUAUUAUUUCUUCCCCGCCUUUAACCAGCAUGACUUUGAAUCUUAUUUAGAGUGGUGUGUGUCUCGUGUGAUUCUAGGGCUUGACGGAGUAGUCGAAAUUAUAGCUGGCGUUAGACAGUGCUACCAAGUUUAUGUAUUGCAGGUGUGGGGAGAAUUCGCAAUAUACAUUCUUUGGUUGGCUGUGAUGAAGAGCGAUAAUUCUAGACUUGAAAUAGUUGCUGUCUCCUGGUUCCAGAAACAAGGGUAGCUAAGUCAUGAUCUUCAAGUUGUUGCUGAAUCAUCUCUCAUCUUUUGCCAUAGAGGCUGGGCUGAUGAGACUUGUAGUUUAAUAGCAUCUACAGGACCACAAGUUUAGCUGCAUCUUCACUAAUAAUAAUAUGCAAUGUGUAUUAUACCAUAAUACAAUGAUAAUAUAUAAGUAUAUUAAUUAUAUAUGCGGCCAUCAUUCCGAGCUUUUAGUCAUUAAUUUGGAUUGUUCUGUGCUAUGAUUUCCGGUCUAUUUUAUGGUGUUUACCUUUUAGUGAUAUGGGGUAAGAGUAAUUUUUUGUAGUUAUUGUAGGAUGAGCACCCUUAGAAAUUUUGUUCUGUUGCAUUUUUUCUAUGUAUUUGGUUUGUAAAUUAUUGUUAACCUUUUUGUAUUAUUAUGUAUUAGUAAGUCAGAAAUGUCUUCUUGUGGAAAGUGAUGACUGAAUGUAUCAAAUAAUAUAAAUAGUAGAUUGCUAACAGUGAACUGUAUGUGGGACUCUAGCCAUCUAUAUUCUAAGUAGAUAUAAAGUUGUAAUAUUUUUUUGCUUUAAUUUUUUAUGUCUAAUCAGAAUAAGCAAUUUCAAAAAUAAACUCGUAAUAUGAUGUGAUUGCCUUUGUGGGAAUACAGUGCAUUUAUUUAUUUUUAAAACAGCCAGAUUACAAUUUUUAGAUUUCUCUCUUUUAAUCUUCCAGAAAUGAAAAGACCAACGCUAGUGGUGAUGGAGAUUGUAGUAGACAUGCAGAGACACUUCUGCAGAGAAGAAAACGAAUAUCUACAAUGCCUAAUCUUGCUAAACCACGAGUUGCACCACUAUCCACACAACGUGUUGCCACUUCAGCAUCAAAAUGUUCUCAAAAACAAGUACCUCAUUCUCCUGUUAUUUGUAACCCUCCACUUCAGAAGGACUUGCCGCCUUCUGAGAAGACCAAUGUGGAGAAUUCCCCGAAGUCUCCCAUACUUCCUGAAAAGAAAACUCCUGUUCCCCAAGUACCACAAUUCUCUCCAUUCAAAAAGUCUGUAAGUAAAGAGCCGAAUGCAUGUGUAACAGGUCAAAGAAGCGACGAAGCCCUGCAGAAGAACACAUCCUCACCCCUCAAAGAGAGACCAACGCAGGAAAGUCUGAUUCAAGAAGAGAUACCACACUCAAAAUGUAUUCCAGGCAAAGAGAAAAGAAUAUGUUCCGAUCGUGAGAAAAUAAUCAAAGCUCAGAAGCUAAGGAAGAUGCUCAAGGAAGAGUUGAAGAAAGAGAAGGUAUAACAACACUUCAGAGAUUUGGUUAUGAGGAAGAGGGGAAAGUAAUAGAAAGAGCAUAUAGCCUGAUUUCUGCAUAGAAGUCAUAUUAAAUCAAAUUUGGCAUUUGAUUCAGUAGUAUUGUCUCUGCCCUGAUUUUCUAAGGUUUUGGAUAGGAGAUUUAUGUAGUCUUACCUGGAGAUUAGCAUUCAAAGCAUGCACUUUGCCACUUCCACAAGACAUAUGGAAGCUCUUGAUGUCAUGAUAUGAUGCUUCCCUAUAAAAGGUAGUUUGCUAAAGGUUUCCAGUUUUUAAAGGUAAAAGCUGGCGUGACCCUCAGCAACAUUGUAUGAUACAUCAAUUUAUAACAAGGAUAAGGAAAUUAUGGUCCUGCAAAUGUUGUAGUACUGUACUAACUCCCAUCACCCUUGAUGCUUGGCCAUGCUGAUUAGAGUUGUUGGACGGUAUAGUUCAACAACACCUGGAAAGAGCAGCUCAGCCCAGCGGUUCUAUCGACCAACACAUUGCUUGGAUCCCUCAAUUGCUUUCAGCAGUUUGAGACCCAUGGGUGCUGCCUGGCUUUAAAAACAAAACAAAAACAAAAACAAAAAAACCCCACCAACACCUGGAAGGUCACUUAUUAGCUUGCCGGAUUUAGUAGCUUAAUGGCCAGCAGACAUUGAACUUUGCUUGUAUCUGGGGGAUGUCUUUUUGUAAGAUUAUCAUGGUUGUAUAGUAUGCUCUGAAUGAAAAAUGAUAUAAUGGAACUGGUUAGUGCCUCUCUUUAGAAGGUGGCAUCACAUGAAAUAUGAUUUUUAAAUCAAGCAUGCUACCUUUUAAAAUGGAAUGUGGGGGAGGACCUGUUAGGAUGGUCUGCCCUCGGAGUCUGAUGGAUCCAAUCAGUUUCCAGGUGACUUUGGAGGAUUUUCUGGCUGAUAUAUCUGGCACUCUUGUCGAAGUCCUAGCUGACCUCAGGAACAUUCGAAUGGGUUGCCAUGAUCACUCUUGAGCUCCUCCCCUGCUUUGUGGAGCCUAUUUGGCUUACUGGUUCACAACAGAGCUUAGGGCAAGGACACAAGCUAGGCGAGAUGGCUUCAACACAAGUAGAGGAAAACUCCAGUCAAAUGCGGUCAAACACUGGUGAGGGCUCUUCAUCAAGCCUACCUAGUGGCAGGGGGCAGACAGGUGUGGGGGACUCCAUGGUCCUGAAUGGGGUAACUGUACCCCUGAAAGAGCAGGUGCGAAGCCUGGGAGUCAUUUUGGACUCACAGCUGUCCAUGGAGGUGCAGGUCAAUUCUGUGUCCAGGGCAGCUGUCUACCAGCUCCAUCUGGUAUGCAGGCUGAGAUCCUAGCUGCCCGCGGACUGUCUCGCCAGAGUGGUGCAUGCUCCAGUUAUGAAGGCAGCCCUGUUUAGGGAAGUUUUUUAAUGACUGAUAUUUUAAUGUAUUUUUAAUCUGUUGGAAGCCGCCCAGAGUGGCUGGGGAAACCCAGCCAGAUGGGUGGGGUAUAAGUAAUAAAAUUAUUAUUAUUACUAUUAUUAAUAAUAAUUACUGAAACCUAUACACUGCUUUUCUGCAUUCAGUGCCUAAGGCAGCUUAGACUAUUAUAAAAACACAUAAAAAUAAUCAUAUUAAAAGAAAACAAUACAUACAGUUAAAACAGAGUAGUUGCAAUUACUCCAGUAAAAAAUAACAAUAAAAUGAGCAGUCAAUUAAGGUUAAUGAAAAGCUCCCACAAGGCCACUCAGAAAAAGAGCAACCAAGUUGUCAUAAAUCUGUCUAAAAAAGAAGGCUUUGCUUAUAUAUUUGUUACAAAAUAUAUGAACUUGAUUUUAACGUAUAGACUCCCAAUAAGAAAGCUGAUUAAGUCUAAAACCCUAUCAAACUCAUAUAAAUGUUAAUUUUUAUGUCUAGCAACAACAGAAAUAUAAAUACCCAGUAAUUGAAAAAAGCAUGCCAGAAGAUCGUUCAAAAAUGGUUAUGAGGGACUUCAUAUACUAUCUGCCUGAAAACAAUCCAAUGAAGUAAGUACACAUUUUAUUUUUUAUUGUAAAUGUAAAUUGUUUUUAUAUAUUUGUUAUGUCUUCAUUUUAUCCUUCCUUUAAGAUACCCAGGCCUCCUCCUUUUCACUUUUCAGGCUUGUGGAAAAUUUGGGAUUCCUUGUUAAGUUGCUUUAAAUAAUAUCAGCUUUCUCUAUUGUCCAUGGGAAAACAUCAGGGCUCAUAUAAAGGAAUUUUAAGUAAUUAGAUUUCUAAAUAAUUCAUAGUUGUCUUGUUCUGACAACCAAUAAAUCACAUAGAUACAUUUCUCCCCAAUCCCACUGAAGUUUGUGUGAAUAAACCUAAUUAAAUUAAAAGCCUAAUAUUUCACAUUAAAGUGUGCUCUGAGUAGGAUGGUAAAUCACACAGGUAAACUGCAGGAGUGUUCACUAGUUGCUGUCUUCAAAUUUUAUUUUAAUAAAUGGCUAAUGAAAAUUGUGCUUUUUAUAUUUAAUAGAUCUUCACUGGUGGAAGAAAAGAAAUCCGAAAAGCCUUCUACAGUGACUCAAGCAAAAGAGUAAUUUUUUUGUCCCUUCUUUCAAAUAGAACUAGUGAUCUGUGCAAUAAUUUAGCACAGAGGGAUUUGUAUGAAAAAGAUGUCUUUGUUUAAUGUUAUUGAAACUGAAUUAUUGCUCUAAAUAUUAUAAUCCCAGAAUUUUUUUCUUUUACUUGAAGAUAAUACUGCUUUGGGCAGUGUAUUGUAAUAAAUUACCCAUAUGGUAAAACUCUGCUAGGACCAGUUUAGACAUAAUCCUAGCUAAGACCAAGUACAAGUUGUGUUCUUGGGUACAUGGGUUCCCCAAGCUUCUUCCCUCUCACAUGGAAACUCACUGUACCUUAUCUGCACUGUCUUUAACAGUUGUGGGCAAGAAAUUCUCAGCAGAAGUCUUGUGUGCAAGUGGGUUACCAAAAUUGGAUUCCACCUUUUGCCUGCACUGAUAUUAACCAUGUUUAACCUUAAGUCUUAAUCCAGCAUUUGAUUCUUGAUUUCAAAUGCUGGCUUAGGAGUCCCCAGGGUUAGUACAAAAAUAAUACCAUGGUUGAUGGCAGCAAGAGAAAUAUUAGUACAUCAGAGGAGUGAGUUAGGAUUGUGAUUUAUUUAUUUAUUGCACUUUCUCAUCUGCUAGUGGAUGCUGGCUCUCAACAGCCAGCUUAAAAUAUAUGCCUAUUUAAAGUGUAUGUGCAAGAACACAUUACAGUCUUCUGAAAAAAGGUGUACAGUAUAAUGACAGUUGUUUCCAGUGCCAUGGUUGGAAGUAACUGAUAAGCGCUUGGGCCAUAGAAAAGAAUUUUUAUUUGAAAAGGAAAUGUGAAGAAAGUUCCCUGCUACUUAAACUGUUAUCUCUUCCCAUUUCAGGCCUGAAAUCAUUCUUGAAAGCGAAAAUGAGGAAGAUGAGGAUGAAGAAGAAGGGGGAGAUGAUGAUGAUGGCCCUCUUCUUGUACCUCGGGUAAAGGUUGCGGAAGAUGGUUCGAUUAUUCUCGAUGAAGAAAGGUUAGGUUUUGUCAUUUUGUAUCUGCUUUAGGAAAAGAACAAACAUUUGCAGAAUUUCUUGGCUCAAUAUAUCUUGCUGCCUGAGGCAAAGCUGAAAUAGUACUUCCACCUCGGCUAAGACCAGCACUUUAAGAAAGCUGCUGCACCAUUCAGAUACCAAUUCUUGCCUUAAUUCCUUCCUUUUCUAAGUUUGGAAUCUAUGAACUCUUACCUGGGAGUAAUACCUAUUGAGUUCGGUGGAACUACUUUUGAGUAGACCUGCAUUGGACAUUGCUGCAUUUCCCCUCUGACUCUGUUUCGGUCUCACGUAGGCACUUUCUUUCUGUUGCCCCCCCUUCAAUAUCAUAUGCUCAGUUUUAAACUGCAGAGGACGGGGAGCAGAGAUUUGAGGCAGUGGGAAUAAGUGGUGGCGGCAAGGGAGCUUGUCCUUUUUAAUUAUAAAAAGAAAUUCUGCCUGUGGAAAGUAUGCCAAAUCUGUCACCUGAGUGCUUUGCCUCCGGUUGCCUAAUAGCCAGCUGGGCCCUGGAACUCUUAAGGCUUCUUGUUUCUCACAUUGAUCUUAAUGGUUGCUGGAUUAGUGAACUAUAUUCAUAUUGGCACGGAAUGCUAACUUAAGGCCAUACUGGAGUUCACUGAAAAACUGUAAACUGUUCAUUAAAGUGUUUGCUAGUAAGAAGAGAAAUUCUAGUAAAUUUGAGGUGGGAAUCAAUUGGUCUUCACUAUUUAUUAAGACAGUUUUCUUGCAACAUUUCUUUUGUAUUCUAAUAUCUCUCAAUUUCACAUUUAGCUUAACUGUGGAAGUUUUAAGGACAAAAGGGCAAUGUGUGGUAGAAGAUAAUGAUCCCAUCUUUGAGCGUGGAUCCACAACAACCUACUCAAGUUUCAGGAGAAGCUAUUAUACCAAGCCAUGGUCAGAAAAAGGUAGGUGCAGCUCAGUUAUGUUCUUUGCAUUUGGCUUUGAAGGACCCCUGGACGGUUAAGUCGAGUCAAAGGUGACUAUGGGGUUGCGGCGCUCAUCUCGCUUUCAGGCCGAGGGAGCCAGCGUUUGUCCACAGACAGCUUUCCAGGUCAUGUGGCCAGUGAGACCAAACGACUUCCGGCGCAACGGAACACCGUGAUGGAAACCAGAGUGCAUGGAAACGUUGUUUACCUUCCUGCCGCAGCAGUACCUAUUUAUCUUCUUGCACUAGUGUGCUUUCAAAUUGCUAGGUUGGUAGGAACUGGGACCGAGCAACUGGAGCUUACCCCGUCAUGGGGAUUUGAACCGUUGACCUUCUGAUCAGCUAGCCCAAAAGGCUCAGUGGUUUAGACCACAGCGCCACCCGUGUCCUUGGCUUUGAAGACCUACACUCUUUUAAGUAUUUUGGCUUGUAUGGUUUGAGGUAGACAAUCUAGUGCGAGUGGCAAGAGCUGCAUGCAUCCUUAUCUUCUUUCUAUCCUGGACUUCAGUCACUGCAAAAGAAUGGAGUUACUGUCAUGGAAUCCUACUCAAUAUUGAUCCAGUGUAGAUUCCAAUGUCUAGUUUGCAGAGUAACAAUUUUAAUACAUUGCAGGAUUUAAAAAAAAAAAGAGACCAGAGGCAAUUGUAUUUCAUCCAGCAGAGCUUUACUGCUACUGAAGGCAAAUGAGCAUAGUAGUCACAAAUCCAAUACAUUCAGGAUUGGCAUUGUCCAUAAGAAAUCCAGUUGAGGCAGACUUAACUUAAACUUACAGUAACUUAUAGUCUAAACCUUAACACUAAGCAUACUAUGUACAGAAGGAAAAGAGACAGAAAGAGAAAAGUGAAACCCUGGCUCCUUCUGGCCUUAUUUUUAUAGUCAGCAUGACCUUGACUGAAAGAGAUAACAGGACCAGUUUAAGCCAGCUGUACUCAGCUUCUCUGAAGGAAUAACCCAAACAUCAUGAACCUUCUGCUUGUUUCUUUCACACAGAGAAGCUUCCAGAACCCUCUUGAAUUAAUUAGAAUAGAAAAGAUCUCUGCAUGUCAGAUCAAUACUUUCUGCACUAAGAAAUGCAAACUGACAGUUGCACCAUGUAACAUAAUUUGUAUUUUUUUACAAUCCAUGGUGUGUGUGUGCAUGCAUGCAUGCAAGCAAGUUAAUUGCAAGAGUAAGUCUUAGUGGCAUUUACUGCUGCAAAGAGUUAUAGUGCCUUUGACUUUCUGUGCAAAUCUGGCAGUAGCGGUCAAAUGAUUAUGUAUACUACUGUAUCCAUAUAAUCUCAAGUAAUUCUCAUGUUCUGUUUCUAUUAUCAUGGGCAGCCACAGUGGUGCCCAUACACAUUGUUGGACUGCAGCUCCCAUUAGCCCCAGCCAGCAUAACCAUUAGUGAGGGAUGUUGGGAGUUGUAGCCCAACAACAACUGGAGGGCACCAGGUUAGUUACCCCUACUCUAGAUCCACUGUACAGAGUUAAAAAUAGCUGGAUGCUAAUUGACAGUGUUUAUCGGUGUGCUUUAAACUUGGUGACUCACACUAAUUAUUCAUUGCUGCCAGAGGAAGACUUCGCGCCGGGCUCCCUAGGGCUGCGCAGAGCUGCACAGAGCCCGGGACUGCAGGCAGCUCUGCGCAGCCCUCGGGAGACCGGCGCGACUUCGUGCCGGUCUCCCUACGGUUGCGCAGAGCUUCCUGAAGCCUGGAGAGCGAGAGGGAUCGGUGCGCACCGACCCCUCUCACUCUCCAGGCUUCAGCGAAAGCCUGCAUUCGCCCCAUAGGACGCACUCACAUUUCCCCUUCAUUUUUGGAGGGGGAAAAGUGCGUCCUAUAGGGCGAAAAAUACGGUAACUUAGUUCUGCACCCUAACAUUUGGAGUGAAUAGUUUAAAAUCCUUUUCACCGAAAAACAGAACUGUGUUUCACUGAAUUGUAAAGCUAUGCAACCCUUAUUAAAAUGCGCAGUACAAUGCACAGUACAGUAGCUAAUGUUAGUAUGAAAUAUUAUCCAUUUCAUAAUAUGCAGCUAAAGGGAGACGGUAUUUAGCUGAAUUUGGACAUUUAUUGAUCAUGAGAUUAAAAUUUAUAUACCAAAAUUGCUCAUAAAAAAUGGCUAAAUUGUUUUUUUCCUCUCUUACAGAAACAGACAUGUUCUUCUUAGCUAUAAGUAUGGUAGGAACUGACUUCUCGAUGAUUAGUCAGCUUUUUCCUCACAGAGCAAGAACAGAGAUUAAGGUAAGCACUGAAAAAACCCCCAAAAUCAAUUGAGAAGUGAUCAUCUGGUUGUGGAUCUAUCCUUUUAUGCUGUUCUGUUAAAAAUUUGAACAGAUCAUUUCAAUUGAGUUUGCUUCUGUAUCAGCUAAUGAUCUGAGAAUGGCUUAUAUAGCAUAACUUUCUGUUUUCAGAAUAAAUUUAAACGUGAAGAAAAGGCCAAUGGAUGGCGAAUAGAUAAAGCAUUCAGUAAGUAUUACCACAUGUUUAAUCAUUUUUUUCAUUUAGGGCAAAUGGUGUGUGCACUCUAGCAAAACUAAACUAAAAUUGCAUAACUGUACCUUUUUACAAUAGAUAAAUAUUUUGAGUAAAGGGUCUGUUUCAUUGCUCUGUUAGAUCUCGUUCUUGAUAUUCAGUAAAUAUUAUGUUUUUUCUUGUUAUUAAAGAGCAUCAGGACUACAUGUAUUUUAAAAUACUAAUUUAUAGUUGCAUGAACUUUCAGUGACAAAUCCUUUCAGGACAACAGACGCUCAAGACGAAAUUAUUAUUUUUAGCUGGAAUGUUUGUACAUAAAAUAAUCAUCUCCCUUUUUUUACAGAAGAAAAAACGCCAUUUGACUUUGAUUUCUUUACAAAACUCCUUGAGAAGGUCCUGGAAAAUGAAAAGAGAAAAAAGGAUAAGGAUGCUAAAUGUCAGCAUCAAAAAGAAAAAAAUCCCAGUGAGAAAAAAACACUCAAAAAAAAGCGAAAAGGUAUUUCUAAGUACUUAAAUGUAUUAAGGAGUAAAAGUAAAUCCUAUUUAUUAUUAAACUUCUCUUCUAAGAUCUGAUGGAGCCACUGUUUUGCAUUCCUUCUGUGUGCAAUGUUAGAUUUGUCAGUGUAGACCAGGGGUUGGCAAAUUUUUUUAGCCGCAGGCCGGUCCACUCUCCCUCAGACCUGUGGCAGGCUGGAGAAGCAGCACUGGGGUUGGGGGGGGAGCUAGAAGAAGAGGCGAGGGGGGCAAGUAGUCCUCCUUCCCACCCCCCAGCCGCUGCGCUUACCUUCCCAGGGGCUGCUGCUGCCGCCACCACUGCCACCACCACCAUUGCUUCUUGUGGGUAGGCAGAGGGAGUUCGUUCGCUCCGCUCUCUGGCCCACAGGAGCACCAGGGCGGCGAUGGUGGAGGGAAGAUGAAUGGCACGAAAGGGCUGGCUCUGGAGAGGGGCUGCUUAAAAUGGCCCCCAGCCAGCUCAGCCCAGCCCCCUUCCUCCUCUAGGCACGGCGGGGAGAAGCCAGGAGGAGGGAGGGAGGAGGCGCCGCCGUGGUGUGUAUGAGGGAGGGAGGGGGAAUGGAACAGAAAAAAAUAUGGUGCAGCCCGAAUGAACAGAAUCCCCACGCCGAUCCACGGACAGUCCAUGGGCUGGAUCCUGAAGGCAGUUGGGCCUCAUUCGGCCCCUGGGCCUUAGUUUGCCAACCCCUGGUGUAGACAGUACUGCACUCUAGAAAGCCUUUCCGAAGGCUUGAUUGGCAAUGAAGGCUGCAAAAAUACUUUGCCUUACAGGCAUUUCACAUGGUGCAUGUUUGAUUGUUGCUUUUUUCAAUGCGGGAAUUAGUUUUGUUUUGAUUUCUUUCACUAUUUUCACAGGUCUAGGGCUUGUUCUGUCUUAUCCUUGGGUUUUUAUUUUAAUUUAAUAUUACCAUCUUGAAUAGUUUUGAUUGGAAUAUGUCACAUGCAUAGUCACAUUGGGUGAUAUCCAAUGGUGCCCAUCUGCCGGCAGAAAAAACUUUGGCUUCUCCUUCUCUGUUGGAUAGAUUUGCUGCAGAGAAGGAGAAGUCCUAUUCUGUUAUGUUGUAUUUCUCUUAUUUUCAUAUAAUAUUGGGGUGUAUGUGUGGAAUUAAUACUUUUCCUCACAGCUAAAACUGUCUUUGGGGUUGGGGUACAGUGGAGGGAAGGAGGACUGAUGGAAAGGAAAGCAGAAUACCUUGAAUAAUCUUAUAUGGAGAAAGUAGAAUUCUAUUUUUGUUCUUGGGAUUUUGAAAAAAAGCUUUUUGGUAUUUUUUUUUAGCUUCCUUGUUGAGAAUUGUCUUGCUGUAGGUAUAUUUACAUUGUAUACUUUGAUAGCUAAAGUUGUCAAUGGACAAGCAAACCAUGGUCAGGAUGACCCGCAGAAUGCCAGAAUUUCUGAUGCAGAAAUGGAAGUGGAUGCUGGCACAGCCGAAAAAGAGAACGAAGAAUCUCCUAGCAUUUUGGAGCAGGCAGACGGGCAGACAGUUACUGAAUCAGUGAUGGUGAAAAAGAAGAGAAAAAGGAAGAAAAAAGAUUCUGAACAGGAGGCAGAGAAUCUUCCUGACGAAAGAACUAAUUCUGCAGAAGUGGCUGAGGGAGAAAAAACUAGAAAGAAAAGUAAGAAUCUAUAAAUUGUUGCUACUAUGUCACAGUGUGCAUGUGUGCUGAUUUUGAUAAUCUUCUUCCAGACGCUAAACUAUUUAUUGCAAGAUAAAACAGCCUUAGUAACACAACCAGAUUUAAUAAUCACUCAACUGAAGCUCAUUUACUUCAUCUUAAUGACAAGUGUACAGCAUAAAUAGAGAUGAUUUUCAUCUUGAAUUUGAGACUACUUUAAAACCUGUACAGUGGUGCCUCGCAAGACAAAAUUAAUCCGUUCCGCGAAUCUCUUCGUCUUGCGGUUUUUUUGUCUUGCGAAGCACGGCUAUUAGCGGCUUAGCGGCUAUUAGCGGCUUAGCGGCUAUUAACGGCUUAGCGGCUAUUAACGGCUUAGCGGCUUUAAGAAAAAGGAAACAAACUCUCAAGAACUCGCAAGACAUUUCGUCUUGCGAAGCAAGCCCAUAGGGAAAUUUGUCUUGCGGAACGACUCAAAAAACGGAAAACUCUUUCGUCUAGCGAGUUUUUCAUCUUGCGAGGCAUUCGUCUUGCGGGGCACCACUGUAUGUAACAAAAUGGCUUGAUGUGCAUCUGCAAGUAGUUGGAUACAAUAUGUGUUGUAUUCCCAAAGAUUUGUAGGCUGUGCAAUUGCACAUCAUUGUUCUUUAUUUCAGGGUCAAUUAUGAAAAGCGAGUUUUAUAAUGGUUUAUAUUGAAUUGUUGCCAUAGUCACAAGAAUAUAUCCACUUGAAGUUAUUUUGUUAAUUUAUUUUUCAUUAAUUUUAUGUCAUUUAUUACAUUGUAUUUUCAGGAACUGUUGUCAUAGUUAAAGUGCCAUAUUAAUAAUUUUGAGAAAUAAUGAAAGAUUCCGCUUACUGUUAAAUAAAUUCCAUAUACUGACUGGCAUUAGAAUGGCUGGGUUAGGGAGGACAUUGUGUAAUUUUCUUUUUCCUUCCUGUUAACUUAAAUACAUGAUUAAUGCUUUGUGACAGUGGGAAAUCACAGAUCACUUUAGGAAAUUGCACUUCUUUCAGACUAGAGUCCUUCCAGUAAAGGAAACCAGUAAAUUAAAUGCUCUUCAUCAGAUCCACUGAAUAGAGUGCAAUAGAAUUAACUGGAUCUGGUAGGAGGAAGCUUUAAUUAAAAGCAUAUUAGUUAUUCAAAAUCAUCCUGCCUGCCCAUAACAAAUAGACCAAUGGUGUAACUGACGAGGAAAUGACCAAAGAUCAAUUUGGGAAAAUGGGAAUAAAACACAAAAAAUAUUGAAAUGUAGUGCUUUUGAAAAUUGCCAUCUGGAUAGUAAUUUCAAAGAAAAAAGUUAAUGUGGAAGCAACCAGAGGCUCUGCCUUUUAAGUGUGUUUGAGUGGUAAUUGCUUCAGUGGACAUAUAAUGUUCAACAAUACAUUGUCAGGAAAAAAUCUACCAUCUAAUGUGGAGAUAAAUGGCACAGAAGAAAUUGGUGAGGAACUGGAAGUCCCUGAUGAAGAAACGCCUGCCAAAACUCUUCCAUCUGUUGAAGAAGACCCACAGGUGGAUGAAGAGACAGAGGGAGACCUUGGUUCAACUUUAUCUGGGUAAUAAGAUACAUUAUCUUUGCAGAAUUAUAUGAACAAGCCUUGUUACAAAGUGUAAAUAUAACAACUUUAUUAUUUCCUUUCCAAAAGUCUCCUAAAGAUUCCCUGCAUUGCUGUAUUACAUAGAGCCCAUUUCAUUUGCCACUCAGAUGUGGCUGACAAAUCUGCCUUAAUUUUCUUUAUAUGGAGCUAUUGAGUUUUUUAUAUACAGAAACAAACAUUUUUUUUUGUUUGGAGAGUGCAUAGGAGCAUUCAAAACAAAUGUCAUAGCUUGCUUUCUCUUUGGGCUGGGAGAAAGAUAGCACACCUCUAUAGAAUCUCAUAGGCAAAUAUUGAAUAACUGCAGUGUGCUGUGAACUUCUUUUUACUUGCUAUCUGUGUGUGAGCAGCAGUCUUCUGCUUGAACAAUGUGGCUUCAUCUUCUUUCCUCCCACCUGUAGUCCCCUGCCCCAUGCAGCCCCACAUCUGCUCUGAAAGGUUGCAGGGGGAAGAGAAUUGGAAGGCCUAUUGUGUGAACAGAAGUGUGCUUGCACAGUGCUGAAUUUUGCCUUCAGAUACACUGUUUGAGUAUUGGAGGGGGUCCUUUGACAGGACGUUACAGUGCAGUCCUUUAACUCCAGCGGGGCAGCAGUGGAGUGUGAUAGAAUGGCAUAGCCACCUCCACAUUUCCUCUGCUCAUGCUUCCUGGGGCAGAAGGCAGUGGGAGGUAAAAACCCUGUCACGCCAGCCUGGAAAUGAUGCAGUGAUAAGGCCUGAGGCUGAGUUUCUUGGGGGAGUGAUGCCAGUGGAACUGUUUUGGGCUUGGCCACUCCCAAUUCCCACCCCGAGCAGCACAGUGGAUGGGCAGAGGGAGGGGGGCUGGAUUCCAGCCUUAGCCUUAUAUGAGUAUACAAAUGUGACAAAUAAAAUAAUAGGUGUUAGAUUUAGACUUCGUGCUAAAUUCUUGCCCAGCAAGUGACUCUCGGGGUAAUCCUGAUGAAAGCCCUACCUUAUCUUUGUUUUCCAGCUGUAAAAUAGGAAUAGUGAACUAGUCUUCAACAGUAAUUGCGAUGAGAUUGCACAUGAACAAUCGUGUGUAAAUGCCAGUAAAGAGAGAAGUGAGUUUGAGCGCUUUUCGCUUAUCAGUCUCUUUGAGCAAGCCUCUGUCUCAGUUAGCACAGUUGGUGAAAGACAAAAGUGAAAGACAAGAAUCUGCCAUGAGCCUAUGGGGUAGAGUAGGAAAACCAUUAAUGCUUUCUUCAUAUUCUUCUUACCUUUACAGUAUUCAGAAAGGUAAUGAAUUCCUAGACAUGGAUUCUGGAGAAGCAGAUGAUUCAGAUGUGAGUUCUGAGCACCAUGUUGGGCAGCCUUCAGAGUCUCAGAUGUCUCUCAAAACAAAUAAAGAAGGUUUUGAAGAAAACAGUUCAGCAAAGGUAAACAAUAUGUACAUGCGAUUCUAGCCUACUUCCUAUUUCAAAGAAACAACUCAUAAAAUAAAACCCACAAGAAGGCAGUGAAUGCCACACUUAAGGUUUCUGUUCUGAUUCGGCAUAGAUUCCUGCAUAUGGAUAUUGCUUUUGGAUAUGGCUAUUAUGUACAGAACAGGGUGGGGGAGGUAGUGCGUUGAAGACAUUGCGCCUGCAUUUGCAGGCCUACUACCAGAUAAGAGGUUUUAUCAUCUCUGAUAGCUUAUUUGGACAAGGACUCAUACCAAAUGUUCUGGGAGCUCACUGAUCGUUUCCCAUUUCUUUGUUCUGGAUUUGUUCUUUCGGGUAAAACAACUCAGAAUGAGUGGAGGACCAGCUGGGUGAGGGACUAUUUCAGCCUUCUUCUUCUUCCCAGCUAUUUUCCCACUUAAAAUUGCCUUCUUCUCAAAUGCCUUUUUUCCUUGAGGAAAAACAAAUAAACCAGAACCUGUUUCACUUGGGGAGGAAAGCAGCCUGGGAGAGGAGACAAUUCUGAGAGAUGACUUAGGUGAGGAGGAAAGGAUUAAGCAGUCAUCAACCCACAUGGGGAAAACGUUCAUGGAGUAUGCAUGUCCACCCGGAGAGUGCCUGCUAUUUGUUCAGUGGGGGAGAUACACAGCAGUCUGCAAAGAUUUUUGCUUCGUAUGCACAAGCUGUAAAAGCUUCUGACACAUCAUCAUCACUAUUAUUAUAUUUAUGUAUUUAUAUAUUACAUUUAUAUACCACCUUUAUCUUCCAAGGAGCUGAAGGUGGUGUACUUGGGAGCUGACUGAAAUUCUACUUUAGUUCAAUUUCCCCCCAGAGAGUGAGAGAACAAUAUGUGGGGUUCCCCCACCUUCAACCAUGACACACUCAUGAAAUUCUCAUCAGUGUUCACUUCUGUUUUGUAGAGAAGUCAGCUUAGUGGGUAGAGGUUCUUGCUCCCAGGCAUAGCCUCUCCCUUAAUCAUUAAAGAAGCCAGGACCAUAAGAUCAUACUAACUGUUCUGAUUUCCUUGCAGAAUGAAGUAGCAGAGUUAGAUCAACCAGAUGAAAAUACAGCCUUUCCAAGUUGUAAUGAUGAGCUUAUGUGAGUAAAAUAAUUUUAUGUGAUUCCUAUUUCCCCACAUCUAAUGAAACUAAUCCUCUAACCUGAUUUGGUGGGGGGGGGAGGCUUUCAAACAAGUUUGGAGUUCAGGUGAGCUCUCUAUGGAUAAAGUAGGAAGGAGGGUCAUGUCUAUGAUCUCAUAACUCCUAUUCCUGGUUCUCAGCCUUGCUUUUAAUUUAUUACAUGGGCUUGGUAAAGUUGGUCUGAAGAUUUUAGAAAAGAAAACUCACUACCAUUUGAAGUGAAUAAAAUAACAGAAAAGAGGUGGAAAAUAUAUGAUGGGUGUGAGGUCUAUUUGCCUAAAGGAAUCUGUCUUUUUAAUUUCAUAUUUGCUUUUCUAGAUUGCAAUCCUAUGUAUGUAGAUUCAGAAGUAAGUCUUAUUGAGUUCAGUGGGGCUUACUUCCAGGUAAGCACAUAGGAAUGGAACCUAUUCACCUUCCUACAAAGGUGUGGCAUUGGAAUAUAAUGUUCCUUUUGGUCAGUGGACUAACAAGAUCACAAAGGCUUUGUAACAGAGACUUUAUAGACCUUGUGAAUACCUAAAAUCCUCUGAAUACCUGUUGCUGGAAUUCACAAGUGACAAGAGUGCAGUUGUGCUCAGGUCUUGCUUGGAGGUUUCCCAUAGACAUUUGGUUGACCCCUGUGACAACAAGAUGUGAGAGUAGAUGGGCCUUUGGUCUAAUCCAGCAGGGCUCUUUGUAUGUUCCUAUUUCUGUUCCUUCAUGUUUAUAGAAGUAGAUCCUCUGCUGUGCAAGAUUGAAAUACAUAGUUUGAAUCCAAAGGUGUGAGUAUUGUUUGAGUGGCAAGUCUUAGAUUUUUACCAAUUUCUCCAUGCUGCAGAAAAUUUCUAGGCUGCUUUGCAUGCCUUUCUGGAAACUCCUGUAACACUCAGAAGUGACUUUUGGGACACAGGGGGCUUCAGCAGGAAGUGACUGGCAGGAAAAUAUAAUAGAUGGCACCACCACUUCUACAUCCCAUAAUAAAUUAUGUUAACUAAGACGGUUGGUGAUGGACUAGAUUUGUGUGUUUUGGAAAAUAUAAAUAUAUUCAAUUUAACUUCAGGGAAACGGAUAGAGCAGCUAUUGAAAAGCCCACAGUGGAAGGACAGCUACAGAGACUUGCAUCAGAACCGUCAGAAGAAAAAGAACUUCCAGUUAAUGACACAUCUGAGGGCAAGAUUUCUCUUUCAGAGGUUCUGGUUGCUGCAGAAAAGGUAUGGGACUAAAUAAUUUUAAAUUAAUACAAGCUUUUCUUGUCUCUUCUGUGCACAUGGAAGCUAUUUUAAUUUCACAACCCAAUCCUGUUUUUCAGAGGGCUCAGGAGAUUGGCUGCAUUGUUGCACACACCCCUGUUGUUGUUAUUUCAAUUUGUAUACUGCAUUUUAUCAAAAGAUCCCAGGGUGAUGGACAGCAUUAAGGACACAUUUUAUGGAGCAUAAUAAUAAAAACAUAAUACAAAGCACAAUAAUAGACAGCAUAAUGAUAAUAACUCUUAUCUAAGUUCUUUAUGUCUCUUUCGUUUAGAGUUCUGUGCAAGAUACGACUGCUAACAUAACUGGACCUACCAUAGAGCAAACAGACAGAGCAAGCAAUGAUGUGGCAAGUGAAUCCCAGUAAGUAUAUGUAAAGUAGAAAGACUGAAAAAUAUGUCUUACAGUGUGCACCACUCACUAUAUUCAGCUGUGGUGAAGGAAGCAGCUCCUAAUGGUGCCUACAGAAUGUCAUCUCCUAAUCAGACACUGUAGGAACUAUUAGGAGUUAAGCAGCUUAAACUGAUUUGUGUUUCUUUGGGAUAGAAGAGGAGGUGACAUUGUGGAGGAAAGUCUUGCUUUGAUACGGAACCAAAUCUAUCCUUUUUAGAGAUGAGUCAAAUAGUACUAAACUUUAACAGUAACAGAGCAUUAGGCAUAACUGUUGGAAUGAGUGGAAACUAAAAACAGAACUAUUCACAAUUUCUUUUUGGAUUUUUUGCAUUUGAAAUACUUAGACAUUUUAGGGAAGGGAUGGGGAAUCAGGUCCCAUCCCCGAUGUUGUUGGACUAUAGCUCCCAUCAUCCCUGAGCAUUGGCUUUGCUGACUGGCGCCGAUGGGAGUUGUAGCUCUACAAAAUGUGGAGGGCCGCAGGUUUUCCAUCUCUGUUUUGGAGAGUAUAAAUAAUUGUUUUUAUAAGUUAUUUGCAGGUUUUGCCUAAAGAGUGCUGGGAUUAUAAUUUUUUCUCUCUGUGUGUUUCCAGAGACACUCAAAAAGGUCCUGUAGUGAGAGGCCGUCGGCAGAAACCUAAACCUAAUAUAUUGAAAGUGUCCAGCAGAAAAGAAGCACCUCUCCAGGAAAAGCCAGAAAAGCCAGAGGCUAAUGAAACAGUAGGAAAGGUAUUCUCUAUGUUAGAUUUAAUUCUCCCCUUACCCUGCUCCUGCAAUUUGGGAAAUUAGGAAAAUAACCCUCUAUUAUUAUUAUUAUUAUUAUUAUUAUUAUUAUUAGUGAUUUUUAACUCCAUGUAAAGGAUUAUGUUAGUUGUUUUCUAUAGUAGCUUUCUGCCACUUUAUUAACUACCAUUAACUACUAUUAUUUUAAAAAUGUAUACUCCACUUAUUUUUAUGCCUAUUCCUCAGAACAAUGACCAGCAUGAUGCACUCAGUAUCAUCACAGAGGAGACUGCAGAAAAAGAUUGCCAAGUUUUAGAUACUGAAUCUUUGUAAGUAUGUUUAUUCAAGUUUAUUCUGUAAUUUGUAGGCUGACCAUUAGAGUUACCCCACAUCAGGUUGCUCACAACAUAUUACAAACUGUAAAAUUGUUCUACAAAACACAAUAUGACUAAAACAUAAUAGCAGCAGCAGUUAAAAACAGUAUCAGAGAAUUAAGCAGAUUCAGAUAAGCUGGUCUCAAACCGUGUCAUACUUUAAAGACCAAAACCAGCACCUUGGAUUGGGCCUAGAAAUUAAUAGGCAGCUACUGUAGUUGGCACAGAAUAGGUGUGAGAUUAUUGGAACACUUCUUUCUCAUAACUUUUCUUACUACUGCUUUCUGUACCACCUGAAGUUUCCAGACAGUCUUUAAGGGCAGACUAGUGUAGAGCGCAUUACAGCAAUCCAACUUGGAGGUAAGGAAGGUGUGUAUUACAGAGGCAAUGUCUGCUUUCUCUGGAUAAAGCCACAGCUGGUACACCACUCCUGUUUUUAUUAUACAACUAUGCCUGUUUAUAUACUACUGUUGUUGUUGAUGAUGAUGAUUAUGGUGAUGAUAUACCUUUGGCUUAUUCAUAGGGGGAGAGUUGAUCCUCCAUGGUGACAAGCUUCUAAAAUUUGAAGUGUCGCCUGUAAUUGGUUCAAAUAACAAUCAGGUUCAAUUGCAUUAUGAAAUGAAGGAUCUUUGCAAUGUUUAAGACCCCCUAAUUCUUUUCCUUCCUGAAAUCAUUGUUCUUUCAGGACUAGUAAGAAAUCACAAGAAAGCAGCAAGCAGGUUGUCUUGAAACCUGCACCAUUAGCAAGGGGACGAAUACAGAGGCCCAAGCCAAAUUUAGGAAGGGUUGCUAGAAAGCCAGACGAGCCAGCAAGAAACACGGAGGCAGAAGAAGAAAAGGCAACUGAUGCAGCCAUUGAAUCAUUUGAGAAGAUUCAGAUACAAGCUGAACUUCUAACUGUUACCACAGUAAGUACCACAACCCGCUUGCUACUGUACAUAAAACAUUAUGUGAACACUUGACAUUUUGGAUGAAUUAGAUUCCAGCCAGCAAACAUUUAUGCUUCUUAUAAACCAGUUAGUCUAAAAGGUGCCAGAGCACUCAUUUUCUUAAUAUAGAUGGUAAGUACUCAAAGCUUUCUAUAUUAUAUUUUUCCUGGAACCCCACACCCUUCCACCCCCUUUAAUUUUUUUUAGCCACAUGCAUAAAGCUGAAUGCGCAAAAAUUAAAUGUGAGGAAGUUGCAGGCUUACUAUACACACAGUCUAGAUCUUUAAUUCAGAAUUCUGGAAAAUGGGCUUCCUGCUGAUGUAGAAGAUGUACACUGUAGGUGCACAGGGCAUUCUAUCCCUACUUUAACAGACAACGUACAAAACUUUCUUAGGUUUUUGGGACUGGGGCCUAUACAGUGGUACCUCAGGUUACAUACGCUUCAGGUUACAGACUCCGCUAACCCAGAAAUAGUACCUUGGGUUAAGAACUUUGCUUCAGGAUGAGAACAGAAAUCGUGCUCCGGCGGCAGCAGGAGGCCCCAUUAGCUAAAGUGGUGCUUCAGGUUAAGAACAGUUUCAGGUUAAGAACGGACCUCUGGAACGAAUUAAGUACUUAACCCGAGGUACCACUGUAUUUGAAAACAUUCAAGAGCACAGCAUUAUUUUGCUUAAAUAAGAUGUAAUCCGGUCCAGAAAUAACAUGUGCACAUAUUGGUUUGGGUACCCAAGUUAAAGCUUGCCUUCUUUUUUCCAGAUGUAAUCCUCAAUAAUUCAAAAAUUAUGUUUUAUUGUGCUAACUGUAUUAGUAAGAAAGGGCAGCACACUUUUGAAUUGCAUUGACUUCAUGCAUAGAAGAAUCCUAAGCAGCGUGAAAACUUACUGCUUUAUCAUACCAAAGCAGUCUAGUACAUUAGCAAUUUUGACACCCCCAGUACCAGUGUAACCUUUUUUUGUAACUAUUAUUUUAAACUGUUAUUUUCUUUUAUAUUGGUAUUAAUUUCUUACGUUAAUGCAGGCUAAAGGCUGAAAAGAACACUGUGUUCUCGUCUAAGUAUACACUAGCUGAAUGUCUUCAGAUUAUUUUCUUUAUGAACUCUUACACGUUGGAUGUUUCAGAGAAGUUUAAUUUGUUUCCUAGGAGGCAGCUAGUUAUGAAGCUGACAUUCCCCACUGUGAUGUCUUAGAAGACAAAGCUGUUGCCAGUGCUGAGAAAGUGCUUUUGGCACACACAAUCCAAUCUCCUGUAAAGACACUUUUCGAAUGUGAGAGCCAUGAAUUUAAAAAUGUGUUUCCGUCAAGUGAUAAAGUGGAGGAUGUGAAGGAUCUUUUUACCAGGUAAGGUUUAUUAUUUUGAAGGUAAAGAAUAAGGGGCACAAUGCCAUAUUCUUAAUGGAAAAAAAUGCAUACUGACAUAUGUGUAUGUUUGUGGCAAAUAAAUUGUUCAGGCACUCCCCCCUCCCCCAAAGCACAUUCCACUCGGGUUCGACUGUGUUUACGUACGUUACCCCAAAAUAAAAAAUAGUGCCAAAAUGGCGUUGAAAGGGUGGCAGAGACCCGGAGAUCGGUGAAAAACAGCUUGCAUGACUGCUGCAAGUGUCGCUGCCUCCACCCACUCACCCUUCUUGGCUUUCUUCUUCCUGGCCGCCAUAGCUAUUGUGUGUGGGGUGCUCUGUGUUUCCCCUUCCUGCCCACCUAUCUGUGCCUCCCUUGCUCACUUGUCAAUUUUGUUCCUUGAUCAGGAUCUGAGAGUCCCUCUUCCCUCUGAUUGCUAUCACCCUCUCCCUCACCGCCCCACAAGCAGGCGGCAACAUUAUUUAUUGGGGUAUGAGUGAGAACAUCUGUUGCCUGCAUGAUAAUUAUGGGAAUUGUCCUUAGUAAUUGAAACAUGUGCAAAGAGUGUAAGUAAGCACAUAUUCAUGUGGGUUGUGGUGUUGUAUUGGGCAACACUGUGUUGAUUAGUUUUUUCGUUGCUCCUGAGAUUUUAAAAAGGAAAACUAAAUCACACAUCCUUUCUUGCUUACUUAGAAGUUAUAGAAGUUCUGUUGACUUUUUUUCAUCCAACAGAGAUUCCAGUUUUGUACAAGAAAAAGAAAAUUCUGCUGAAGUAGAUCCAUCUUUGAAAAGUCUAAAGGAGAACACAGAAAAGGCGGCAGAAACUGAGGAAUUAAUACAAGCAGGAAAAGAAAUGCUUACAAAUGAACAUAAGACUGACUCUAGAGAAAAUAUCAGGAGUGAACGCAGCAAGUCCUCUAAUCUGGAUGUAAGACUUAUUUUUAAUUCUGGUACUUUAUUCUUGAUAAUUUAAUAGCUUCAGUUUGCUGUAUCGUUUGCUCCUGAAAGUACCUAUGAAUUCACUCUCAUCACAAUAAAACAUUAAACAUUAAAUUACACUCAAUACUGAGAUUUGUAGAAAGCCCUGUGUGGGACAGAUGGUGUAUUGGCAGUCAGUUUGCAUGUUGUUUCCUAUGAGAUUACUUGUUGACCUUAGGCCAUAUAUGAGAUACUUGCAGUUUAAUUUCAGGAGUACAGUGUCACUAUUUUUUCCUUUAAAAAACCCAGGAGUUCCUGGCAUUGUAUGGCAAAUCAUUCUUGAAACUCAAGCAUGAAGGAUUUCUUUGUGAAGGAUGUCCAUGUUUUAACAAAGACAUUAAGAUGACUUUCUUAAUUUGGGGUUGUUGUUUUUUAAAGUCACAAAGGGACAGGCUUGUAGUAAACUACAAGGACUGCUUACAAAGCUUAAGUGAAUAUCAGAUUCUUAAAAUGACUGAGAGUUAGUAGAACAGUUCAGCUGGUUUAAUGCCACUUUCUCCCUUGCUGAUGUUGCAUUACUUCCCUGUACAAGAACUGAAAAAUAUUACCUUGUAUGUUAUAAUAGAACAAGCUGUUGGUAGUCUUGUGUUGUACUUGGAUUCCCUGCCUGAUUUGUGUGUGUGUGUUUCCUUGAACUUUAUAAUUUAACUGCAUGCAUUUUGCACCAGGUGUUGAACAUUCUGAUAAUAUAUUUUAGGAAACUAUAGCAUGCGUAAUCCUGCCACCGUCACUUUUGUCAGAGGGGAACUCUGCAGAUACUCAAGAAGCAGCUGCAACAAAUGAGACCCACUUGUCUCCCCCAAGCCAUUCUGACUUCAAAAGUAGUGAUCCAAAUGAAGUUUUAUCAUCCCCAGAUAUCCAAGAAAAGAUUACAGUUGGGUAAGGAUCUAUCAGCUUUUAAAGAGUUUUUAUCAGUUGGAAAUCCACUCCCCCCCCCUUUACAGGUCUGCUGAUUUGAAACAUAGGUUGAAAAAAAUCUAUUCAUUUGAUAUGUUGAUAGAUGUUGGAGAUAAUGGAUUUUCCUUAACUGAAAAUGAGAUGUAAUAACAAUAUCCAAAAUUAAACCUUGUUUUCCAUCCUUCUGUGAUGGAGCUAUUGCCAGAACAGGUUUAUCUGUCUUGCUUUGGGGCCAGGGGCACGCAGGCAGCCUUGCCACGGAUUGGUUUAUUCCCUCUAACUGAUCACUGCAGUACCAUUUCUGGGGAUUUCCUGAUCUUCAGGAGUAACUGUUCAGAGGUGGAACAUGGUGCUACAGCAGUGUAGGCAUGGAACAUGGUUCCCUGCAUCUAAGCUGAAUUUAACUAGGGAAUGCAUGGGAAAGCGAUGAAUGUGCGAUUACUGAAGAUGAAAGCAAGAUAACACCACAUAAUUAAAUUUACUGAUGAAGUGAAAAGAUAAUUAUUUCAAUUGAUUGAUUGAGUUUACUUAUGUGCCGCUUUUCCACAAUGAACUGUGUCCAAAGCUGAUAGCCACAAAAGGCAUAUGUUGGGAAGGGCAAUGAUGGUAAGUCUCUCCCUCAGCCUUGUGGAAGUACCAAAUGCAGGUUUUAUUGCACUUGUUUUUCUGUUACAUAUUUGAGAAGUAGAACUAGUUACCAUUAAUCUGUGAAACAUGGGAUAAAUUAUUUAACCUAUGGAUGUGUUACAUGUGUGUAUCUGUGGUGAUGUAUCUGAUGAGAAUGAUUUUAACUGCCAUAUGUGCUGCUUUGGGUCUCCCCUCCAGCAAACAGAGCCCUGUUCCGCCAAUACCUUUUCUCAGAGGCAGAUUCCAGAGACCGAAACCUAACAUAGGAAGGGCAGUUGGAAGGAAAGAAACACCAUCUCUAGGAAAUGAAGCAGCAGCAGCAGCAGCAGCAGCUAGAACUGAGAAAUCAGAACUGCAGAAACAUGGACCUUCCAGAACUCUCCCUGCAGUAGUAAGUUAAGCAAAGGGCCAAACUUUCUAUAGUAGUAAAGACAUUUCAAAUUCAAGAGAGAUUUUGUUUCUAUAUUUUUGCAAAUACAGAGUAAAGUUGAGACCAUCAUUGCUAAAAUGGUUCCACGUUUUGAUGUUUAUAUUGCGUCUUAUUGCCAGCCUCAGUUAAAGAGUGACAGAAAAAAAUUACCUGCUGAAGGCUCGGAGAACAGACUGGUAGACAUGGAGAAAGUGAUUCAGGAAGACCCUCAAGCACCCAGUACCUCUCAGAAUAUUUCAGAUCAAUAUCCCAGGUGUGUGUUCUUCAACAAGGUCUUGUUAGCUUGUCCCAAACUCCCUUUAUUAUGUGUGCAUGACUUUACAAAUCCUCCAUAUUUUUAAGAGUGCAGUUCUUCUCUGCUGGGGCCCCAAUGGGGAUAACGCUUCUUAGGGCCUCAAGCUGGUGAUGCUCAGGUUUUGAUAAUACAGCAAGAGGAAAAAAUGGGGGUUCUGCUGUGACACAGAGUAGGCAAAGGUUAUCUAAUUAAACCAUCUCUUAGCUAUAGGAGAGCUUUGGGCUAGUGCACUCCCACCAGUAGCAACUAGAGGGCACACAGUGAUAAGAAAAAAGCAAAACAGGCCCUCCUUAACUGGGGGGAAAGGGAGUCCUAGGUUAGAGUUCCGCCUUUCCCUUUUCUUGUGUGCGCUCGCCUUGGGCUUUCUGGAGCUCUCUGCUUCCUUCCUUGCUUGGGCAGCUGCUAAAGCCUGUAUCUGCUUCCUAGCAGUCUCCCAUCUGCUCCCCCAUCACCCAAAGCAUGUUUAAAUGACCAUUUAUCCUACCACACACUUUGGACGAUUCCACACCCUCCUUUCUGUUCUAGCUGCAACUGUUUUUCUCAGGUGUGGAGAGUAUUGACUUGAGACAAGGACGCAGCUAGCAUGGGGGACAGCUCUGGCAGAACCCCAAUACACUUUGUUUCCAACUGCAGUUUCCUAGGUCCGAAUUCAGGAAAUGGCAGUUGUUGCAAACCACAGAGUCAGAUUUCCUCUCCUGCUUCUUUGUAGAAAAGAAGAUGAAUGAUCCUGGACCCUUUUCAGUAUAUUAGGUCUGAAUGUAGCCGUUCAGCUCUUAGGCAGUUACUUUACUUCCUCUGGUUAAGUUUGCUCUUUCUCACGCUAGAACUGCCACUGAGAGAGAAGCAGUUGGUCAAGUGGGGAAAUCUGUGAAUUUAUUAAUUAAGAAUAUUUCUAAGCUAAACUUUAGGGUGGAGCCAUCUUCCCUUCCUCCGUAAAACUGUAAACAACAACAAUUGAAAACAGUUAAAACAAUUGUAGCGCUGGCUUUGUAGCUGGUGCUUCAGCCAGGAGAUAUAGCUUGGCUGCAGAUGCAGAGGUCACAAGACUACUGCUGCUCUCAGCUGCUGAGGCUGGCUUGCCUAAUGGUGAGAGGCUCAGCAUGUGCAAGGCUAGCAAGGGGAGGGGGAGUAGCUGUAGGUGGUGAAAGGACUAAAGUCUCCUCCCCUCUUCCCUGUUUGGCUUUUGCCACAAACAGCACUCCCUUGGUUCCUGGGCCUGUUGAAUCACUUCAGUAACAUUUUCUCCUUUUGUGGGAUAGGGAAAAACCAACUUCCCAAGAGAAUAAGCCAUGUACUAUCAAACCAGCUCAGCUGGUGAGAGGUCGAUUCCAGAGAGUCAGGCCGAAUCUUGGAAGAAUGAAUGACAAGAAAGAAGACCCUGUGUCAGAGAGCGUUACUGCUCCAAUUGAGGGAGACAUAGAAAAAACAGAGACGACCAAGGAAAGCAAUCUGCACCCGCCUUCAGAGGUUAGCCACACACUUUAGUUUUCUUUCAUUUAAGCACAGCUUUACCUGUCCCAACAUUGUGGAAGAUGCUGCUGUUUUUCCGGUUCAUUUUUGGGCAGGUGAGGGAGCAGAGGGGUCUGCAUUAGGAAAGGGGCCACAGAAGCAAAAUAGUUCUGGCCCACAUUCUUGGAUAAUUGACCAUUUUUCUUGCGAAGGCUUUAUGGAGUUUUUCCUGCAUAUCUUUUUCUGUUGUAUAUUUUAAAUUAAUUGUGUUUUUGAACAACGAACCUACUUGUGUCACCUUAAAGACUCAUAAAUUUACUGUGGGAUGAAGUUUAUAUGAGCCAGAAAAGCCAAACUUAAACUCCUACAGCAAUGAUAAUUCAGACAGAAGUCAAACAGAAAAUUCUUAGAGUCGACCAUCUUAAGACUCUACAGGGAAAUUCCAGUUCACCCUAACUUCUGGAUCACAAUCCAGAUGAAGCUUUUGAGCAGGGAUGCCAUGCAGACGUUGGUAGACUACAGCUCCCAUAAUUUCUGAUCAUUGGCUGUGUUGGUAGGGGCUGAUGGGACUUAGAGACCAGCAACAUCAAGGGGGUGAGCACUAUGUUGUUAGGGUUAUGUUUGCUCUGUUAGUAAACUGACAAGUGUAUUUGUUCUAAAAAAUCAAGGAUAAUGUCAAUGUCCAGGCAUCCCUUGGUGAUCUGGAGAAAAAAGAAGUGUCAGAAUCCAGUGAAGCUCCAUCGCCCGAAAGGUAUAUUGAUCAGCAGAAUAUUGAUUGUCCUGAGAAGCCACAGGGAUGCGAACUUCCAAAAGACCAAAAAGAAAUGUUUGUUUCUAAAGAUGUUGAAGGAAAGUGUCUGGAUCGUCCAGAAAGGUAAAAUAGUUUUCAAUAAGUUAAGUGUUUCUUUGAGAACCCAAGUCUUUAUAUCAAACGUUAUUAGAACUUUCAAUGAUUUCCAAGCUGAAAAUAACCGUGCCAGAGGGGUGGGGGUGGGAUUUUGUUUUUACUUUUUCUCACUACCACAAACUUAUUGGGUUCAUGUAGAGGAGCUAAGGAGGAGCUAAGAUUGGUUCUGGGUUUUUAAAGGAAAAAAUAUUAAUAUGGUUUAGACUCUAGAAAAUAAAAGGUAGAUAUACCAAAACACACACACACACACACACACACACACACACACACACAUAUUUUCAGGAAUAACUAAACACUGGAAUGAUCUAAUUGUUUUGCUGUUACUUUUUCUUUUUGGUCAGUGAUAUCUGUGGUGCUCAUGAAGGGAGUCUUUCAAAAAGCAUAAAAUCCACACAGCUGUUGAGGGGUCCUCUUCAGAAGCCGAAACCAAACCUAGCCCAAGCAGCUAAAAAGAAAAAAGCCUCUUCAAAAGAAGUCAGCACCAAAGAGAAAACUGGAAGCGAUACACAAAGCAACACAACCCCAAGUGACAGAAAAUCUGGGGAAAUACCCACAUUAAUGGUGAGCCCUGAUCAGAAGUCUAAAUCAUGUUUUGAUUUAAAUGGUUUUGACAAUAUUGGAUUUUCAUAAACAAGCUGGUUGUUGAACUGCUUUUAUGCUAUCUGAAAUCACCUGCAGCAGCAUGAGAACAGCAAUGAAAUCCUAGGAUGAGUGGAAAGCACCCAGUCAUGCAAAGAGAUUCCCUUCCCUUCCCACCCACCAGAUGCAGUGGCCUGUGUCACAGUGAACCCUUUGGAGGAGUUUCCAGGGGACACAUAGAGCUGCAUCAGGAAGGAGAAGCCAGGAAAUCCCCAAGGUGUAUGUGUAUUGUUUUUAGCAGAUCCUAUUCUCAGGUUCAAAGUCCUUGUGAUUGCCUCCCACUUUCUUUUUUAAGGCUCCUUUGGCAAUAAGAUACACAAAAUUAAGGUUUUGUAGCAUUCUCUCUCCAUUCUCAUUAAUUAGUUUUCUUAAAGUGGUAGCCUCACUGGCCUGGUGUUCACCUUUUAAACCACAGUUAAGCUUAACUCUGUGGACCUAGCACACUAUCCACUUCAUUACCAAAAUUAGUAAUGGACUACAGAUAUAUAUCAACUAGUAUAACCUGGCUUUUUUUCUGUAGCUGUUAAAACAGCCACCUUCAGUGUCAGUGUGGAAAGGCAGGAUAUGAUUUAGAUAAUAAAUUAGACAUUUUUAAAAGAAAGACAAUUAUUUCAACAUUUUUAGAUAAAACUGAAAAUUAUUUCUGUUUUACCUGAUUGUUAAAGAAGCUGGUUGUCUGCUGCUUUUGUUUAAAGCUGGAUGUGAAAGGAGGGGUAGGAGAUCUGAAAGGACACAGAAGAGUUUAACGUAUUAAAUUUGGCACAAUUUUGUAUUGUUUCCAGCACAAUUCCGCGUCAUCUUCUGAAUCAAGACAAAGAAAUCACAUAGAUAGUAUUGAGACGAUGUCCCCAACAGGACACGGGCACUCUGGAAAAUGUGAUUCCUCAGAACAGUCCCCUUGGAGUGGAAGUCAAAUCAAGAAAGAAACCUCUAAGGCCCAUUCUGUCCAGGAGAGAGCAUCUGAAAGAAUAAAAGGGUAAAGUUACUCUUUGAACAUUAUUCUUUAAAUCAGGCACCCCCAAACUCAGCCCUCCAAAUGUUUUGGGACUACAAAUCCCAUCAUCCCUAGCUAACAGGACCAGUGGUCAGGGAUGAUGGGAAUUGUAGUCCCAAAACAUCUGGAGGGCCAAGGUUUGGGAUGCCUGUUUUAAAUGGAAACGUGGGACAUAAAUGCUUCUAUGAAGAAGUAAAACUUGAACACUUAGUCCAUAUUGAUAAUGUAAAUUCAGGCCCCUAAGGAAAAACAUGUUAGCAAAAGUUUUGUAUCUUUUUAAAAAAGAGUUUAUUGUCACCUUUUUUCAUCACAAAAGAAACAUAAAUACGCACCCUGUCUUUUCCACCCUUUACAAUGAACUCUUCUUAACAAAAUGUCUUUUUAUACUUAGAAAACAACUGGGAAGGACAGUGAAACAGAGGAAAAACAUAAGUGGAUCAAUAACAUCUUUCACUUCCGAAUGUGAGAAUGACCUUAGUGAAAAGGGGAAACACUACCAAAAGGGGAAACCAAAUGUUGGUAGAGGCAGAAGUUCAAAACCAGUCCUUCGCAAGAAUGCUAAAAAGGAAUAUGGGAAUUCAAAGGUUAACCUGGUGACUCUGAGGGCUUCUUCUCAGCAAGAGGAUGAUGAUGAUGACGAUGAUGGGGAUGACUUUGAGCCAGACUAUGAAGUUGAAUGCUUUUCACCAGAGGAAGUAAACAAAGCUCCAGUGUUUGUUCCUAAAGGGCUUCGAUCUCCAAAUCCAGUUCCUGUUCAGAUUGAGGAAACAAUGGAAGAGGUAUGACUGAAACACCUGUAAAGUGGGGGGUGAGGAACAAGUGCCCCUCCAGAUUUUAGACCCCAACACCCAUAUGGCCCAGCCAGCAUGGCCAGUGGUCAGGAAUUAUGGGAUUUACAGUCUCAUAACAUCUGGAAAGCUAUAAUUGCAUCAUGCCUGCUGUAAAGGGAGGCAUGUUCAGUGUGUCUCUCUGAUUGGCCAUACUUACAAAUAGCUGCUCAGCAUCCUUUAAGCUAAAGCAGAAAAUAGAAGGUCUUAGACAUUUUAUUGUCAAGUAUGAAAGAACAGCUAAUGGAGAAGAGUUGAUGGAUCAUUUUGCCAUGACAAAGAUGGUCUACAUUAUACAAUAUGGGGCCGAUUGCUUGCCAUGACUUUAGUUUUUUGGCCGCAGUCAUAGUCUGUGACAUGGAAUUCUUUCCCAUGUGUUGCCUUACUGGCAAUCUGAUAACUUAUUCUUAAGAAAGUUAUUUCUUCAACAUUUCAUUGAUGUUAUCUGUCCAUUCCUUCCGUGGCCCCCUCUCCCAUUAGCAAUUGGUCAUCUAAAUAUUCCUGUUCCUAAGAGUGCAUGCAUACUUAAGUCCCAUUGAGGUUUUGCUUGUGCCUCUUUUAGGAAGAAUUGCAUUUUGAGAAUUGUGAAACAUAUAGCACCACCACUGCAUCUGAAAAUAUAUCAUGCCAUCACUUUAGUGUGCAGAAAGCAGUUACAAUGCACAAAGGACAUUUCUUAGAUCCCUUUUCAGGAUGUGUUUGGUUUUGGGGAACUGCUAAACUGAAUUGGUAUGCUUCCCUGCCCAACAGCUUGAGAUAUAUGAGAAUUUUGCGGAUGAGCCAUUUCUGUCUCAUGAACUGAAUGUAGAUGCUCAGCCUGUAAUUCAGACAGACAAAGGAUUGUAUUCUUCACAAAAUGUAAGUAUUUUGAUUUCCCUCUUUAUGCAAUAUCCUUAAAUGUAUUUAAAACUUAUUUUCUCUAGCAUAAUUCAGUUCUUGUUACUUUAGGACAGUUAACGUAUCAUUUGCAUGACUAGGGAGCAAGGCUAGCAAAGAUAUUACACUUUUGUGAUGCCACUUGAAUAAUCCCCACUUGCCUUAAGCAAGAUGAGAAGCAAAUGUUUUAGGGAGUGGCAAUACUGAUUAAGGAACUGAGUUAUUUUUAGCAGUAUAUUCAUCUACUCAGAUAAUGCAUGUAGCACACCAUUCCAGUAUGGCAUGAUAACAGGCAAACCUGUAGGAAUGUGGAGCCUUGUUGUUUGUGCUGAUGUAGGCCUUGUUUGCUCUUCCUCCUGGUGUGGCUUGUAUCUUCCUGCUUCUCCACAAGGUGUCCACGUGGCUCAAAUGAGCCAUAGUAUGGCUGAUCAUGUCACUUGAAUAUGGAUCAUGGUUUGUGUGUUUCAAACAAACUAUGCACCAGGUUCAUUUAAACAAACAUGAUAUACAUGAAACAUGAAAUAAACAUUAAAUGAACCUCGUGCAUGGUUUGUUUGAAACAAGCAAACCAUGAUCCAGAUUUGAACAACACAACAAGCCAAAAUAUGGUUGGCUUGAGUUGUGUGGAGAGUGUGGAACCACGUGGCAAUGGGAGAGCAAGUUCAUGAUUAAAACAUGCUUUAUGACAAAAUGUGGCUUAUGAUAUGCCAGCCAAGCUGUUAUUGUCGCUAUCCAUGCUAAGUGAAAAAGCUGAUCUGUAGAAUUUAAUUUAAUUUAAUUGGGGGCGGGGGGAGGGAUUCAGAACUACAGUCAUUAACCUGUGUUUCUUUUUAUCUAAGGUGGUUGCACAAGAUGAUCAAGAAAAGAAAGCAGGUAAAUGGUCCAAGCUGUUGACACUGAACAACUGAAUAGCCACUUGAUUUUCCUCCUUUUCCUUUUGGGCCAUGCCUUCUAUCAGGAACUGUCUUAUUACCGAUUGAUAUAGGCCACUGGGAGCAAGCCUAGUUGAUGUAGUGGUUAAGAGUGGUAGACUCGUAAUCUGGUGAACUGGGUUCACGUCUCUGCUCCUCCACAUGCAGCUGCUGGGUGAUCUUGGGCUAGGCACACUUCUUUGAAGUCUCUCAGCCCCACUCACCUCACAGAGUGUUUGUUGUGGGGGAGGAAGGGAAAGGAGAAUCUUAGCUGCUUUGAGACUCCUUCAGGUAGUGAUAAAGCGGGAUAUCAAAUCCAAACUCCUCUUCCUCUUCUUCUUCUUGUUUUGAAUGAAGCGAAGGGUAAAAAACUAUACAUAUGUACCAUUGAGACCAAGUUAAAUUUGUGAAUUUUAUUAAUAAUGGUCUUUACAAAAAAAAAGUUUUAAAAGAUGAGAUCCUCAAGUCUCUCAUUCACUAAAGAAAGAAAUAACUACUCAGGCUGCAGUCCCACAGACCAGCCUUGCUGGCUGGGUUCUGACAAGAAAUGUACGCCAAAAACAUUUGGAGGCCACCAGGUUGGCAAAUGCUGCUAUAGACACUUACCUGGGAGUAAGCUGCAUUGAAAACAACGAUACUUACUUCGGAGUAGAAAGCAUAUCAGAUUGCACUGUAAAACAAGAACUUUGAAACCACUUUCAUGGUUUGUAAAUGAGGGAUGCUGAAUGAUGCACGUGUUAGAAACCGAUUUUAAUACCUAGGAUGAUCCAAAAGCAACUAGUCAUUUUUAAGACAAGCAUAAGCAGUAUGGGUGUAUUACAGAAACAAAAUUUGAUUUUGGUGGCUUUUGUUUGGUAAACAUUUUUCAGGGAUUAGUGAUGGAAGUACCGAAGCAGCCAUGACUUUACUUGCGAUGAGAGAUCCAGCGUUCCAGUUAAACAUUGGCACCCAAGGUAUGUUCAGUAUUAUCAUAUAGCACUUGGGUAUAGCAGUGGUACAAUAGUUUCUGUCCUGUUUUUAUUCUUUUCUAACAUUGUGAUUUUUUUGGAGGGUGGAAAUCAAGGUUAUCCACUUCUUUUUUAAGAUUUUAGUUUAUUUUAUUUUUCCUUUGCAAUAUUUAAUUAACAUGCACUGAACACCAAACUAAGUUUGUUUUAAAAGCAUGCACUAUUUAACUUUGGGAAGACCAAAUUGUCUCCUCUUCACUGUGAUUUCAGGUCAUCCACUUCUGAUUGUUAGCCAGGGUAUAUUUUGUGGAUUCUAUACUUAGUGACAGUAGUAGGUUCUUAUUUCCAGGAGGUCUGCUCCAUUUUGUUUCCUUUUUAAAUCUACUUUUUAUUGAAACAAAGAGAAAGAGAGUGAUAAGUGUUGGAUGGAAUGCUUUUAUUGAAGAAGUGAAAUAUGAAACUUGCACUUGGGGACCAUUUUACAUUAUUUACACUAGUCAUACAUUACAUUACAGUCUUUUGGCAACUAAAAAUGUCUGAAGGAUGUCCAUAUGAUCUGGACUAAGAAGUAUCUAGUAAACCCUAAACAUCAUUUUAGGUAUUCUUCGAUUUAACCAAAGAACCAGACUUUGCACAAGAUUCAAAUAUUGUAAAAUAAAAAUAUUGGUUUAGCUGCAAAAUGUAUCCCAGUAGUAGAUUUCUGCGUUUCUAGUCUCAUGGGUAUUUUUCAUUCAAAAUGCAGUGGUGUAAUUUAAUGAAAUUUAGACAUGAAAAUGUAUGAUUUACUUAGGAUUUCAAACUGUAAUCUUUAUAUUGUCCCAACUGAAAUUGCACAGUAUAAAUGUUUGUUAUACGUAAAUUAAGAAUUUAAUUAUUUUCAACUUUUUCUUUUUGUGGAAAAAAAGAACCAAAAAUUCAGGAGUUUCCCAGUAAAGAUGAAAUGAAUGUUACUGAUAGCUUCCCAAAUGAGUGUCACGAAGAGCAAAGCGUAGUCCAUUGUCAGAUGCAACAUCCUGCCCCUUCAGAAAAUGAAUCGCUUUCUUCGGUCAAUGCAAACGUAACUGCUGCAGAGGAUCAUAUUGUUGAAACAUCAGGCUUGGAAGUUUACUUACAGGAAGCAACUAAUGUGUCACUUUCAAAAAAUAUGAAUAAAGCUGCUGCACAGCAUUGCAGUACAUCAGUUUUGGAAGCAUGCUCAGAGGAAACAACUAGAAUCAGCAGGUUUGCAUUUUUCUAUUUAAAAAUCUGAUUGUGUUAGCUAGGAAUCCUCCUCGUUCUUUAGGUUGGAAGAAGUUUUACCAUGAUAGCAUGAUAUCACCUAGCUCUUCUCCAUUCUAACUUGAUCUUUUCAAGCCAUCCCAUGUAAAUAUAGGUAAAUGGACAACAUAGGUGUAUGGUGUUAUGUAUCCUGAAUAGUCUUCUUCAUCUUCAGUCUAUGAUUUUUAGGACUAGGUCACUCACUCUAAAGCUGCCCAAACACAUUAGGACAUAGAAUUGUGCUUGCCAUGUGGUGGUGAAGACAGCAAAGAAGACAUUCUUUGUUGCAUUUGCCACAUCCUCAAGGGCUCGGCUGGCAUUUUUGGGCUGUGUAUCCAAAUAUUAGUUACCCCAGAUUCCCCUUUAACAAACUGUGAUUAGUUUCAGUAGUUGACAAGACACUUGGGGGAUAAAGCCCCUUGACUUUGUAGUGGCUUGGAUGCCACUAUUAUGGCAAAUUUGGUCAAGGUGUCCAGAGCCACAUCUGACCAAGUGUUAUGGAAUUGUGGCCUGAUGAUGUGGACAAAAUUCUUGCACUAAUGUGUACAACCACAUGCCCUCUGCACCUCUGCCCUUCUUGUCUAGUUAAAGCUAGUUGAAGCGGGGUGGUUGGUUGCGUCCAAGGUGUUUGAAGUGAACUGUCACAGACAUUCCUAUGCCUUUUCCAGAUUGGUUGCAUUGCUAGCUAAGAUUUUGACUAUUUCUGUUGGAUAAAUGUUGAAAUUAAGGGUACUCAGUGGUGGUUUCUGUUUGUCUGCAGUGAUUUACUGUCAUCCAAAGGAGAUCAAUCAUCCAAACAAGCAAGAUGUAGAUUUCCUAAGCCUAAACCAAAUCUUAACAGAAGUCUGAGGCUGAGCAAGAAUGCUUCUCAAAAAUAUGUUGAUUCGUGUAUUGAACAAUCUGAAGAAAUCCAGAAUGGUAAGUUUUGGUUCUUGCACUUAAAGCAUUUAGUUAUCAGGACUUUACGAAUCCUUUACCCUGUGCAGAAAUUGUACUCUGUGCUUGUGGGGAUGUUUUCUGAGAAUAUCUGAUUUCAUUUUUCCUAAAUUCUGGCCCCCAAAUGUGCAUCCAAACCUGUAUGUACCUGUGUCCGUCUGUUCACCCUUCCAGCUGGGGAUUGGGUAAUGUGAUGCCCUGUCAAUGUUGUAACCUCAUCCAAAAUAGUAUAUAUUUAUUCCGCAAACUAUACUGAGUGAUGUUUUAAUGUCUAAAAUAAUAGAAAAGAAGGUGUCAGACAAUGCAAUAGAAGAGCAGAAAGUUGAACUGGAAAAGAAUCUCAAAUUGAAUGAGCUAACUAAGAGCAGCUCUGCAGAGAAACAUAAUCUACAGCUUCCAAGUUCUGGUCCUGCCAUGCACAAAGACAACAUAGAAAGGUAAUAACACUAAUAAUUUUCACAUGCUAGUACUUUUGGUUUCUCUCUUAGAUAUUUUGAGCUGCUGUAUGUGAGAUAUGUAGUAAAUUGUGUUUUAUAGACUAGGAGCAUAUCCAGUAUAUAGUUGACUAGAAUUAUGGGAAAAUAUGCAACUGCACAUUUACUGGUUCUAUAUUUAAAGAGGGUGUCAUUUUUUAGAGAAAAGAAAGGAAAAUAGCAUCUUUAAUUGUUAAGCCACGUCAUCUCACCCAAGUAACUUUUGAGAUGUGAGAAUAAUAAAAAUCUUUAAGAUACUUGAGGAAGACACUUUAAGACAUUGUAUUUUUUAUUAGUUGAACUUAUAUAUGGAACGGUUAAUAGUACUUUUAAUCACUUUGACAAACAGUGACUGUAAACCUGGCAUCAUUUGUUUCAAAGCUAUGCAGCAUGAAAACAUUUAACUGAUAAACAUUUUAGGAAGUGAAACUGGCUUAAUUUUUCCAAAGAGACAACACGGUGAGAGAGACUUGGGAAGUUGCAUCACUGUUAACUGCUUCAGAAGUUUCUCCAGAAGCAGACCCUCCUGAACCACCCAGUGGCUGCAGCACAAACAUCAGUGUCCAAGUUUCGGCUCCUGCUGAACACCAGUUGUUGGCAAUUGAACCUGCACAGGUAUUUAUUUUAUAUAACUAAAACUGCUACCUUAUGGGAGAGAAUAAAAGGAGGAAGCUGCUUCAAGCACACACACACACACACAGAGAGAGAGAGAGAGAGAGAGAAAGAGAAAGAAAGAAAGAAAGAAAGAAAGAAAGAAAGAAAGAAAGAAAGAAAGAAAGAUAGAAGCCAUUCUGAAUACAGUAGUACAUUCUGAGUGUUCCUGAUAGUUAUUGCACAAACAACACCCCUGCUUAUAUGUAUAUUGUCUGUCUAUGUCUCAAUCAUGGCCCUGGCCCUCAUUCUCAGGAGGAGCUGGCCAAUCCAAAGACUGCUACUGGCUGAGGAACUGGACUGGACCGACCCUUCAAGAGAGACUGUAUUUUGAACAAGCGGAGGUAGGGCUUGAGGGGGUGGACUGUGCGUCAUAAGGCCUCAGGUCACCUCUCAGCCUUUAUUAGAGCACAUUAGUCACUUAGGACUAUUUGUGACACUGCAGUCAUAUUGCUGCCUUGUGGGUUCCUUAUUGGAAUCAGGGCAGGAUAUUCUUUCCUCCUACUAGAUCUCUUUUUCCACAAAUGGUUUCCACAUCCCUGCUUGUUUGUUGCUAAACUGUAUUUUCUAUUUAUUUUUUAAAAUGUUGCUUUGAAUUUGGGGUUUGAUCAAUCUUUUCUUUUUUGAUUUGCCUUUAAUGGUCUUAACACAAAAGGCAUGUCAGACUGUUCUUCUGACAAGCAUUUAAACUAACUUUUGUUGUAAAUGUGCAAAAAUACUGUAGGAAAAUGUCAUCUGUGAAGCAGCCUCAAGCUCUGUGGGUUUGGAUGAACACUUCAAUAAUUAGAAUAAUUGAAGGAAUUAAUUUUCUUUGAGUUACUGAGCAAUCUUUUCUGUGAGUCACUUCAGGCAGAGAUUGUGCUAUAGGCCAAAGUUGUUCGUUUCCAUGUAGUUAUAAAGUAAAUUUAUUUCCUGAUAGUACAUGUUUCCAGUCAAAUAUUCUUUCUUUUGGGUUACAACUUUUGCCAAGUCUCUUUCCUUUAUUUCUUAGUGAUGUUCUUUCAAAGAAGGAGAUCAUGUUUAUUUAUUUUAAAAGGGAUUUUUACUCCACUCUUCUAAAACAUUCUUGCCAGGUGGCUUGGCAGAGGGGAACAACAUGGAUAAAAAUAUGUCUUCCUUUUAAAGCAAUUAUCAAUAAUUUUUCAUUGCUUUAUUUUUCCCUUUAUCUUCUGAGCGUUAGUGUUAUUUGGCAAGCUUGUGAUUUUUAUUGUGAUUUUUUAAUUGCCAGACUGAAGCAGCCAAGUGUUCCAGUAUUUCAUCCACCACAGAGAUGACUGCAGGUACAUUUUACACUGUUUUAUGAUUACAUAUUUGCUGCUUUAGGGAACUAGCUUCACGUAAACAUUCGUUAUGCACUUGUCAUUUACAAGUUAGAUUAAAAAGAAGAAGAGACAAAUGCAAAUGUGGAUCACCAUAACCUCCCCUCCCCCGGAACUAGGUAUCAUUAAGAUGUCUCAGACUGAAGCAUGUAAUGGGCUUAUACAUCAAUGCUUUGGUGAAGAUUGAAGAGUUCUCCCUUUGAAAUACUGUUACGACCAGUGCUGAUUAAUUUUAUUGCCUACGCGGGUGGCGCUGUGGGUUAAACCACUGAGCCUAGGGCUUGCUGAUCAGAAGGUUGGCGGUUCAAUCCCUGCGACGGGGUGAGCUCCCAUUGCUCGGUCCCUGCUCCUGCCAACCUAGCAGUUUGAAAGCACGUCAAAAUGCAAGUAGAUAAAUAGGUACUGCUCCGGUGGGAAGGUAAACGGCAUUUCCGUGCGCUGCUCUGGUUCAGCAGAAGUGGCUUAGUCAUGCUGGCCACAUGAUCCGGAAGCUGUACGCCGGCUCCCUUGGCCAAGUAAAGUGAGAUGAGCGCCGCAACCCCAGAGUCGGUCACAACUGGACCUAAUGGUCAGGGGCCCCUUUACCUUUACGGCUGGGACAUGGGACCGCAGCUUGCUGACUCUGCCUUUAGGCCUGCUUGAUGGCCACACUUGGCAUCUCCCUUACGUACCGUGCAUUCUUGAAAAAUCCAGUUUGUAGAAUUCAAGUUGUGCUGUCGAAUUCCUAGUUUUAUGUGGGAUGUUGAUAACUCAGUUUGAGUCUAUGUGCAUGGAAUGUGUUGCUACGAGACGCUAUGCAAACAAGAUUUCCACAUAUGGAGAUUCAGUGGGAUAGGCACUUGGAAUGGCCUGUAGCAAUCCUUCUUUCCCUACUACAUGUAGCGAUAAAAUUAAUUAUAACUAGUUCUUCAACAUUGUACAUAAGGCUUCUUUGCGUUUGCUUCUGUGGACACAAAAGAUACUAAGAAAACGGCAAUUUUGGUAAUAGCUAAUGUUUAUACUAAUAAGCUGUCAGGAAUGUUUUUAUAAAUGUAAGGUGAGGCAUAAAUACUUAAGAAAUAAAAAUUGGAGUUGGCACAUUAUAAAAUGAAUAAUGUAGUCUAAUUACAUAUGAUUUUAAAAAAUAUAUGGAUUCCAUUUGUUUGGCUAUAUCUCUAAUAUGUGUUACAGUUGCCAUUGCUUACAUACAAGAAGGGAAUUUGUACAUGGCAUUAUUAUCAUGUACAAAUUAUCAAUCGUAUAUCAAGGCUGGCUGCAGGGGGCAGAGAAAGGGACGAUCUGCUGUGGAAGUUUGCUAUCUGUUUGAACACCAUUGGAUACAGCCCAGGGUUGUAUUCAUUAUGUAGCUGAGCAUGGAGCAACCUUAAUCUCUUCUUACAGCACUUGCAUAUCGCUUUACUUGUGAAAAUAAAUAAAAAAUACUUCAAGGGUUUUUGAAGAGAGUAACAGCAUGCAGAACAAUAUUAUUUUAUAUAUUAUUAAUCUUUUAUUUCCCCCACAUGUGUAUCUUAGUAGUUAGUGCUGGAGUUGAAGAAUAUCCGAAGGGAGAGGAGCCAACCUUCAUUUUAACAUUGGUGGAAAUCUCCGUUGGUUCAGAGAAUUGCAGUGAUGGAUCCGGUUUGCUACAACAAACGUCUGAACAGCUGCUUCCAGCACCAGUUUUUUUUACCCCAGACAAUCUGAACUCCACAGAAGUGGCAAGAGAAGAUAAGUAAGUAAUAUUAUCUUUUAAUAUGAACUGAUGUUCUUUUGUUGGGUGUACUUAAGACUGAAGAUGGUAGUGCCCUAAUAUGAGUGUGCAGCUCCCAGAGAAUUGGCCAAGAUGGGAAUAUAGCCCUCUGGUUGAAAAAAAAUUAGUUAUGCCUGAUUUAAAGGCAUAUUAUGGAAGAGAAUUUGCCCUUUUAUCAAAUGAAAGUUUUGAGGGGAUUCACCUUGUGGGAACAUGAAAUAGGCUCUCUGUUUCCCCUCUUCUUGUGGUCAGCCAAGUUAUUCAUGAUAAAGCUAUUAGAACUGCCAGCUGAUUAGAACUGUACCUUGUCAAAGGACAAAAUGUCUCCUUGUGAGCUCAAGGCAAGGAGCGACUUUCAGGAAAAGAGUAGUUUUUAUGGCUCUGUCCUAAGCAUACAGUAGUUACUUGGCCUGUAGUCCCAUUGGUCUAAGUGAAACCUCUGCCAAGUAUAGGAGACAAGCAUUGCAGCUUUCAAAGGGCAUUAAAUUCUUGCUAUUAAUGAGAGUUUUAAUUUGAUAAUAAUAAUAAUAACAAUAACAAUUAUUAUUAUUAUUAUUAUUAUUAUUAUUAUUAUUAUACCCCACCCAUCUGGCUGAGUCUCCCCAGCCACUCUGGGUGGCUCCCAAUCAAAUGUUAAAAACAAUACAGCAUUAGAUAUUAAAAACUUCCCUAAACAGGGCUGCCUUCAGAUGUCUUUUAAAGAUAAGAUAACUGCUUAUUUCCUUCACGUCUGAAGGGAGGGUAUUCCACAGGGUGGGCGCCACUACCGAGAAGGCCCUCUGUCUGGUUCCCUGUAACCUCACCUCUUGCAAUGAGGGAACCGCCAGAAGGCCCUCGGCGCUGGAUCUCAGUGUCCGGGCUGAACAAUGGGGGUGGAGACGCUCCUUCAGGUAUACAUUUACAUUGAAUUAAAUAACACUAAUUUCACAACUUUUGCAUGGCAACUUUGUACAGCUUUGGAUCCAUAACAGCUGUUGUUGAAGAAAAUGCUGUCUCUUUGGACAACACUGCGGGGGCAGAAGGAUUGCUGGAAGCCUCGUUGGAACAAUUGGCAGAGCUUGGUUCAACCUCUUGGGGGAAUCUGAAAAGGCAUGCUGAAGCCCUUGAAGAAAGCGGGAAUGCCCCUGAGAGGAAAAAACUGUCUUCUCCUAUAGGGGGAAACCUGGAAAGCACCAAUAAGGUCAGAGAUUAAUUCAGAGAAUCACAAAAGUUAGAACCUUUUGGGUUCACUAUCUGUUGCCUGAGUGAAGAAAACUUGGGAGGCUGCAUGAAAAAAGGAUGGAGAAAGCACUUCUUAUAUGUCUCAGUGCUGUUUUUUGAUGGCAGCAAUAGAAAAGAGUCCAUUUUUAAGAACCCUGUGCUAUGGUGAAGUGCUGCAAUUGAAAGCAACAUGCCUAUUUUUUAGGAUGUUCUGAUUUUUCACUGCUUUCUUAUGUACAGUAGUCCAUUCCAUUUUGAGAAAUGUAUUUAUUAAGGGUAUUUAUUACAAAGAAGAAAUCUAAAAUUAACAAAUGUUUUAAACCACUCAUUUGGGAACUUUGAGAACAGGUGUUUGGCUACUGAGUUGAGAAUUAGUUUCCAUUGUAUUUAUAUUUUGUGGUUGUUUAAUUUGGAGAAUUGUUAGGUACAUGCACAUAGGAAAGCCAGUACAAAAGUUAAAUGACACUAUCUGUUUAAACAAACAGGCAUAGUGGGCGCCUUAUAAAACUUUGCAGAAGCCUAUGACCAGCCCAGGGACCUAUAAAAAGGAAUCUAAUCAAAAAGAAUCAGCAAAAUAAAAUCAAAAUGGAAAAAACCUGAAAGUUUCAAAAGAACACAGAUUGGUGCACAGUCAAGUGCAUAAAAAACCAGCAAUAUUUGUUUAGCUUGUGCUAAAGCCAGUGCAAAUUUCACCUAUUUUCAUCACCAUUUGUGAGCAGUAAGACAGUUUCUGUGAAAUUUGACUAGGAUUCUUGACGUUUCUAACAAUUCUGAAAUAAAUCUUUUCAUCACAGAGUGGAUUAUAGGACUGUGCAAGAGGUAAUACAGCGCCUCCUCAUUCUAGUUUAAUCUGCAUUCAAACCCCAUCACUGGAUUGUAUACUGCAGGGGUUGCCAACUCGUGGCCCAAGGGCUGUUUCUGCUCCCGCCACCCAUGCCUCUGAAAACAAGUCUCUUUAAAAAAAAAAUUGGGGGGGGGGUGUCCUGACUUCCCCAUGCUCUGAUGCCAAAAAGUUCUUGUGAUCCAAUCCAGACCGUAUCAGAAUUGUUCCUCUUUUAAAAAAAAAGUUUUAAACUGAUUUUGUAAUGAAUUAUUUUAAAAAUGAUUUAAAACAGAGGGAAAUGUGCUAUGUGUUUGCAUGUGGAACUGAGCUUUAUUUGUGUUUUAAGUUAUGUUCUUUGUAUGUUUCUAUGGGUAAAAUAAAUAAAAAAUAUAUCAUAAACACAUGCUGCAGAUUAAUUAAAUAAACUAUGAGAAUUUCUCUCAGGAAAUUAGUUUUGGAAAUUAGGGGUCAUACCCAAUGCUGCAGCUUUACUGGCUCAAGGGGCUUAAAUGUGCACAAUGGAUUUUCCUUUUUCCCUCCUGUCCCCUGAGCACCAUCAAAAUCAGCUCUGAAGAUUUGGGAGAUCUUCCUGAGCAAAUCUGAAGGAGAUGUAGGAGGAGACUAAAAGUCCUGUUGAGCCAUUGGAACCCCGCUGGUGCAACAUUAGAUAAAACCCUAGUUUUCCACUUUAUGGGUUGCAUCCAGUACUGUGUGUGCCGAGUUCUAGGUGCACAGUGGAACUUCCCCUUCCUUUCAUCUCCCUGUGCACCCUCAAAAUCUGCUCCAGGAGAUCCUCCAACUCUCAGGGGCAGAUUUUGAGGGUGCACAGGAAAGGAAGGGAAAGUUCUGUUGCAUGUGGAAGUCUGUUGUGCUAACAGAACAGCAGUGUUGGACAUGACCCCAUGUUUAAUCAUUUGAGAACCAGGGAACAAACAUGGGGUCGUGUCCAACAUUGCUGUUCUGCUAGCACAGCAGACUUCCACUUAUACAAUAUAACUUUUACAAGACAAAUUUUGUUGGAUAUAUAAAUUUAUGGUCUCUCAACUUCUGAUUUAGGUACCUUAGAGUAGACACUAGAAAAACAAUUAAUUGAAAACCCAAAUCUAAAUGGUUUUCUGGAAGCAGUGUUCAGGUUAGGAAGUACAUAAAUGAAUUAGUUCAUCAUGCAAAUUUUUGGAAGUCCACUACUGGCAUAGAUGUUACCUUGAAUCCCCAAAUAGAUGUAGUAUUUUUCCCUUCAAGAUGGAGGAUUUUGUAAACUGUUUCAACACAUUUACCCUUAGCCAAAUUUCUUAACUCACUUGUACUGAAAUAUGUUGGGGGACAAAUAAUACUAAUCUAGCCUUACUUCAGGAAAUGAAGUUGAUGUAUCAUUAAAAAGUUUAAUCCCCUUCCUGUUCUUUCACAGUCUAAAUAAUAGAAGCAAUUGCAUUGUCCUUUUGAAUCAUAUUUCUGAAAAGGAACUUAUACUGAUGUUCAUAUUUCCUUUCAUGCAGGGUGCCUCUAUUAAAUCAAGUUGUAUACCAAGGAAAGCUGCUGGUAAGUGAAAUUUAUAUUGUUUUCACAUACAAAGGCAUGGUACAUGUGAUUUUCUAUAGUUAGUUAUUGAUGUAUGCCAAAUGCAUUAUUGAAUUUUUAUUUUAACAGCAGACAUUAUUAAUCAAUUAAUUAAAUUUCUAUACCGAAUUAAUUAAUUAAAUUUCAUCUGAAUAUCACAAGGCCGUUUAUAAUAUACAUAACAUAAUAGCAAACAAAAACAAUACCUCACACAGUUUAAAAGGCCUUAGAUAUGUUUAAUUAGCCAAAGGCUUGGGAGAAGAGGAAUGUUGUUGCCUGGAGCAUAAAAAGGCACCAGACGAGCCUCCCUGGAGAGAGCAUUCCACAAACGGGGAGCCACCACAGAAUAGCCCCCCCCCCAGAUCUCUCCUGGAGGAGGCACUCAAAGAAGGACUUCAGGUGCUUGCUGGGUCUGACUUGGUUCAUAUUGGGAGAGGCAGGCCUUGAGGUAUUCCUCCGUCCAGAUCAGAAACAUCUUUCUUUCUUUAAAUUACUUACAUAUCAUCUUGCAUUUCAAAGAAAUGCCGUGGUGGUUUACAUGGCAAUAAGUAAAAUAAAAAUAUACCAUAUAACAACAAAAGAUCCACAUCAGUAAAACAACAAUAAAACAUUUAUUACAAUUACAGUAGCCAGAGAUGCUAGCAGCUGGUGGGCUUGGAUGAAGAUGUAGGUCUUCAGUGGCAGAAGCACUCAACUGUCAGUACCCACCUGAUUCUUGAUUUUGAAACUCACCCUCUAGUUUCAAAAGUAGUUCCUCGUGUGCUGUGUGGUUGGGCAGAUGCUAUUUGAGAAAUGCAUCUAUAGCCACUUUCGGAUUCACAGAACUUGUUGUCUCUUGGUGUUGAUGCUACUGAAUGUCUAUUUCUGUGGGAAUAUCUUAUUUGUAGGGAAUUGAGACAAAUUUGUUGCUUUGUAUAGAGUAAAAUGGAAUUUCCCUGUAGCAGAUACAAGUAGCAGAUUCUAUAUUUUUUUGCUUAUUUAUUUGUAUUUGCUGUCUUCUUUUUUAAAAAAAGGGAAAAAGUCAGGAAAAUCGAACAUUUCAAAGAAGAAAACCACCUCCACCUCUCGACCAGUACCUAAAUCUACGGAGGUAAAAGUAAUGGAAAGAGAGCACCCUCAAUCUUCUCUGAAUUUAGGGGCUGUGCUCCUUGAUGAAGCAGCUGCUACUGGUGACCAAGUGUCAAGGACACUCCAUGCAAGAAAAUCAGAAACAAGUGAAAAACAGAAAAACUCAGCUGAAACCUGUAAAUCUGUACAAUCAGAGCAAGCUGGAGGCACAGCAGUCAUUCCAAAAACACAAUUAUCCAGGUACUUAUUUAGUAGCUGUUUUUAGUAUGCUAUGCUGCUCCCCCACUUUGUAGUAGUGUUGAAACAGCCACAUGUGCUCAUCACUAAACGGCAUUUCCGUGCACUCUGGCUUCUGUCACAGUGUCCCAUUGCACCAGAUACAGUUUAGGCAUGCUAGCCACAUGACCCGGAAAAGCUGUGUGCAGAUCAACGCCAGCUCCUUUGGCCUGAAAGCAGAGAUGAGCACCACACACCAUAGUUGAAUUUGACUGGACUAAACCAUCCAGGGGUCCUUUACCAAUGCACUAAGGUCUGCACCAACCUGCUUUACUGCUAACAAGGUGCAGAUGAGACUAAAGUACUAUGUAAACCCAACGCAAGCAGUAGAAUAACCUCACAUGAGCACAAUAUCAAGUAGCAAUACCACCAAAGGAGUUGACUAGCUCCCGAUUCUGUACCAUAUACAGUGGUACCUCGGGUUACAUACGCUUCAGGUUACGGACUCAGCUAACCCAGAAAUAGUACCUCGGGUUAAGAACUUUGCUUCAGGAUGAGAACAGAAAUCGUGCUCUGGUGGCACGGCAGCAGCAGGAGGCCCCAUUAGCUAAAGUGGUGCUUCAGGUUAAGAACAGUUUCAGCUUAAGAACGGACCUCCAAAACGAAUUAAGUACUUAACCUGAGGUACCACUGUACAGCAGAAAAGUUAAUCCAGAUGAGGGGAAAGUGUUUUGUUUGGUUUUUUUUAAAUCAAUCUUAAGAAGUCUUAGUUACCCUGUGGCACAAUGGGUCAGUGCAUCUGGCUGUUAACCAGAAGGUUGAUGGCUCAAGCCCACCCAUGGAUGACUGUUAGCAGGAUUCUUGCAUUGCUGGGCGUUGAGCUAGAAUAACCCUUGGGGUCCCUUCCAACUCUACAAUUCUGUGAUUCCCAUGAGAGGGUUGUGUUUUUUAAAAAACUAUCAUUAUUAUCACCAUAUGUCGGACAAUUUAUCUUGACAUUUGUAUUAUUUUUGUAUUGAAUAGGUCAUAUAAAAGAUCUCUGGGAUUUUUACCUUUAAUUUGCAAAAAUAAUAAUAGUGAUGAUGAAGUAACUAGUAAAGGGAUUAAACAGCCUCUCCAGGAACCUCAUAUAUUGCUCUCUGAAAGCACUGUUGAAUUUCCAAAGUUGUCCUCAAACAACAAGGAAGAUACUCAAGAAAAUAGUUCGUUUCCAUCAACCUCCAACUGUGAGAAUGGGACCUCCUCUACUGUUCAGGUAUGCAUGAUUAUAUCUACACAUCAUCUAUUAAAGUGUGUUGAACUCCGCAGCUCGUAAGAUAAUGUCCCGUUCUCCAUUUAUUAGUGCAUUCCUCAUUGUGUUGUACACAGAAAGGUGCUUUAGUAGUUAGGCCAUAUUUUGUAUGAAUUGUUUCACUUUGUGACUGAUGGAACGUAGAACUGCAUGGCCUUUUAAAGAAAGGCACUGCCUGUCUUUAAAUCUCUAGCAAAUUUUUGUUUAACUUAAUUAUAAAAAUUUAACAGUAAUUAGUUCUCCACAACCUCCUUGGUCUUUUAGUUACUUAGUUCUCCUAGAAACAUAUACGGUAGGCUCCAACCCGCUUUAAAGGUUUUUUUUACAAUCAAACAGUGUAUAAAUUUUAUAAAACAAACAAACAUGGAAACGUAAACAAUUAAGCCAGAAACAAAACUUCAUUGCCCUGUAGCUGUGUCAAAAACCUAUGUAGAGAAUGAAAGAUAUGUUUUUCUCCAGAAGGUAUUUUUUAAGGACCAUGUCACUGUGUGCAGUCUGGUGUAUGCUUUGUGGCUCUACAUCAUGAUAAAGCAGGGUUUGAAUUACUUCAAAUCAGUGAAGUUAUACAGCAGAGACAGGGAACCUGUGGCCCUUGUUGGACUCCCAGUUCCCUUUAGCCCUAGCCAGCAUAGCCAAUUGUUAUGAAUGAUGGGAGUUGUAGUUGAGCAACAUUUCUCUACCCCUGCUGUAAAGACUACUGGCUAUACCUCUUUAGUCAAUAAGGGAAUCUCUUCUUUAUUGGGUUGAAUCUAAAGCUUCCCUGAACAGAGCUCCUGUCACGGAAAGAGACCACUAAUGGGAGCCAACAAUUUUUGUUGGUUGACCCCCCACCACUACCCCCAGUUCCACAAAUCUGCUCUGAAGGGUUUGGAGACACUCCCACAACAGUGAGAGGUGUUGCAUGGUGCUGCAGAGGACAUGUGAAAUUGGGAAAAAACAACCCACCUCUUCCCUGCCUCCUUUCCAUGUAGAAUUCUCCAUUGGAUCAAAAGCACUUCUGUUCAUGGACGGACUCUCAAGCAAGAGCCACUUUUGGAUUCAAUCCAUUAAAAAAAUGUUUUAUAAUAGCUACUGCAGUGUGAUUUGUAUAGAAAAUUAUAUUCUGAAAAAAGUGAGCAUAAUCAUGCACUCCUAGCAGAUGUUAGUUUAUUAGGCAUACAUUUAACAUUUACAUAUUUCAUAUCUGUUUGUUUUUCUUGUAGAUUUUAUCUGAGUUAUCUAAAAAGGAAGGCAUUUCUAAGGAGCAGGAAAAAGAAGAAGAGCCAACCAGGAUCUCAGAAUAUUUCUUUAGUGAUAUUUUUAUGGAGGUGGAUGAUUCAGAAUAAUUGAGAUGCUUAUCAAAUGCCUGGCAUCCAAGAAUGCACUGUAGCAGUAAUGUAAUGCCUUUGACUAGUCACAAGUUUUCAGUUGGCCCUUACAUUUAAUGCAGAAUUAUUUUUCUUUUACUAUGAAUAAUCUAUCAUUUGGAAACACUGAAGAAAACACAACUCUCUUAAGUUCCAAGAUACUCGCAAGAACAGCACCAGAUCUGUGUUUUAUUUUGGUACAAGUAGUUUCUAGAUGCAUGGCUACACUUGAGAAAUGCCAUGAAGAAUGAGCAGACACCAUCUAAAUAUAAUGCUCAUGUUUGUGGGGGCUGUAAAUUAUCUUUACUUCUUUUUGUGAAGUAAAUGUUUAUGGGAUGUGGAUCAUAAAAUAAGCCAAGUUCUGAUUUUAGUCAUCUUAUUAAUAUUAUUAUUUUAUAACAAAUGCCUAUGUGAAUUUGUUCAAAAAUGUAAUGUUUAAUUUCUUUUCAAUGUACAGAGAUAAACGUGAAAAAAUAUUUAUUUAAGUUGAAUGUAUAGAAAUUUUAACUAUGCCAAGUUAGUUCUGUCUGUCCUGGAGAUAAAAGAGGAAUUUAAUAUUACUCUAAUUCUAAGCACUAAAUUUUAAAUGAAAAGCUAAAAACAAUGAAAAGCAUAAAACGACCCAUCAAACACCCACUGACAAGGAGAAAUUGGAUGUUCAAGAAUAAGAUCAGCCCCAAUAUAUAAAAGGAUAAUAUAUCAUGAUUAUUACUGGUUCCCUCCCCCACUUUUGUUACCUGUUUAGAUUUUUGACUUCUAUCCUUCCCUGUUUAUAACCUUGGUUGGCGAUGAUUUUGCUAAAAGGCACAACUUCCAUGUGACAUUUUUGGGGAAACCUGUCUAAAUCAGUUGUGCUCAUUCUGAGAAAGGUGUCCUGUUUUCUCUGCAUUUUUCUUGAACCUAGUAAUUUGGAUACCAAAUAUUGCUCAUCUCCUUUACUACAAUUAGCAAUUGAAUAUAACUUUAUUCUACAUUUCCCCAUAAAUAUUAAUAUUUGCAAAUACUUGGAAGUAGUUGCUCUCACUUGCAAUUGUCCAACUAGGCAUACAAUUUUGUAGCUGCUUCUCUUUCCCAAAUCAUCUGGUUUGUGACAUAUAUCACCCCAAAACAAAAUUACUGAUGUUAUUAAAUUGGAUAAUAGAAGCAUUACAGACUCUUCACUCUUCAUUGAUAGUUAUCAGUAGCAAUUCAGUGGAUGUCCACUAAGUGUCAGUUCUCCACCAGAACAAACACGGUCCAAAUGCUAUCCAAAUCUGCUUGAGCGGGUUGGACUACCCUCUGGAGCAGAUUUGGGCAGGUGAAGUCGAAAAGAAAAGAAGGGAAACUCAAUUGCACAAGUAAAAGUCCAUUCGCACGACUGCACGUUGCCCAAUAUUUUAAUUUUCAAGCUAACAAGUCUAUAUUUGCCUGCUGGUUUGAGCAUUUGAAUUUUGUUUCAAUUCUGUCAUAUCUGAAGCCCUAAAUAGAACAAAAAAGAGAGCGCCAAAUAAAUGUGAAUAAUUUACCAAAUGUAAAUUUAGAUCAACAGACUCGGAGAAAGUGGAAUCCGUUCCAGUAUGCUGUUACUUCAUGUUAAUCACAUGGAGGAGAUAUAAUGUACUCUCAAAUUAUGUACACUCAAGAGGCUGCUGAAAUAAUGAAAUACGUUUUUAUGUAAUUUGCUGGAAUUGUUUUAAAUUACAAAGCAAAACUAAUUGUUUUUUAGAAAUCACAUAAAAAGCUCAGCUAGAAGGUGCCUUAUCUUUCCUUGCUAAAUGGAAAGAACAAUCCAUCCUAUUAGCUUUCACUGUAAACCAUGUUUUCUUGGUUAUCCCUUUUAAACGUCUUUAAAACAUGCAUAUUUCUUUCAUGAGUAUUGUAUAUAUUUAAUGACAGAAGGGAAGUAAAUAUGCUGGGUUCAGAAACAGCAUUUCAUUUGCAUAAAAAUAUGAUAAGGGGUUGCUGUCCUGGAAAGUGUGACACACUUUUUUCCUCAACUGUGUGUAAUGUUCCUGUGGAAGCUUUCUAUUUCAAAGAAAGCGCAAGUAGCGCUUGUGUUAUAUAUGUAAAUUAUGUGAAUAAAUAAUUUUGUACCACUGAACUUGUUAAGUCUUUCUUUAAAGGCUGGUGAUUUAGGGUGCAGUAAAUGGUACUGCCAACCUAGCAAUUUGAAAGCACAUCAAAGUGCAAGUAGAUAAAUAGGUACC